GGACCAAACAAAAGAAAUUUUUAACACUAAAACACAUACAACUUUGCAUUUUUUUGUGUGUGGCCUGAAUGAGUACCAGAGCCCAUUCUCCUUUCUGUUUUGUAUGGACCAUCAGGCUAGGGCUGAUGGGAGUUGUAGUUCAAAAACUUCCAGAGAGCACCAGGUUGGCAAAGGCUGCAUUAAGGGCUUUAAAGGUUAAUACCAACACCUUCCUCUUGAGCCCAUAAAUUAACCGGUAGCUUUCCCUCAAUAAGUUACCAGUGGCUGCUUUGUUUACUCUCGGCUGCCGUUGCUGGAACCUUAUUAUGACCUAAUCCCUCAGCCGCCACCUCUCAAAUUCCUCAGGCACCUUUGCUCCAAAGUCCUUCCCCACCUUUCCUUUGGGGCUCUGAACGGCACAUUUGUCUCUAGGCUGCUCCUGACAAGGCGAACACUGCCCCCCUCCGCCCCCCAAGUUGGAGAAAUAUCAGCCGGGAACUUAAAACCGCUCCCCUCUCCAGCGUAGGCCUCGGAGCCUGCCCUUGGCUUUGCUCCCAAAGCGGCACGCCUGGAUCUGUCAGCAGGUGUCACGCCUUUCACACCCGGAUCCUCCCCAACAGGUGGGCCGCCUCCUCAGGCUGAGGGAGCGUGAAGGUGGAAAAGCAAAGCGCUUCUGGCUACAGAAAGAGCCACCCGCCUGGCCUUCGCUUGCAGGCAGGGUGUAGCGGCAGCCUCAGCCCGUCCUCGUCUAGCAGUUCAUUUCCCUCAGGCCUGGAGGUCAGGACUCCGUUUGCCACCAUGGCAAAGAAAGAGGGUCUGAAGAGGCGGCUUUCUCGCUUCUUCUCAAGGAGUGAGUUGAGCUUGAAGGAGCUGCAGCAGAGGCGGGAAAAUGAAGAUGAGGGUCCCAGGUUGGCAGGAGUGAGAGAUGAAGGCGGCAGAGGGAAAUGGAGGAUGAGGCCUCGGAAGAAGAGAACCUCGGAAGGGUGAGUGUACUAGGAUAUGCCUGGAAGUGCCCCUGGGUCAGGAGUAAGGAUGCGGAGGGUGGGAUCUGUCAACAUGCGUUAUCUUAAUUUCUCUCUCCCCCCCCCAGUCUUAAAUUCAGUUUACAUUUCCACAUGAAUCAGAGAUUAUUAUUUUUUAGCAUCCUUGUGAACACUCACAUUUUAGUGCAAUGUUCUUUGUAUGCAGUUUUGGCUAAUUACACAUUUUUUUGCAAGCAGCAUACCCUAAUAUAUUGCAUCUUUAUAUGUUAUUUUCACGAAUAUUCUGUGAACCGCCCCGAGAUCUUAUGAAGGGCGGUAUAUAAAUCUAAAAAUUAAAUAAAUUACGCAUUUUAAUGCAUACUCCCCCCCACACACAUAUUUUUUGUAAACAUUAGUUGGAGAGUUGCAUUACGAAAUUCAGUUAAAUGCAAUUUUCAAAGGAGAGUUGUGUUGCAGUUUACAAGUGCAGAUGUGAAGAUUCACCUUUACACCUUUGUCAGGACAUAGACCACGUACUUAUUUAUAUACAGCAGGGUAAGGGGUUGUUUUUUGUUUCAUUUUACAAAUGUGUACAAUGAGGUGCUCAGAUGUGUUUUUGAAGUUAUCUGCACAUUCCUGUGUUGGGGGAGCAUGAAUAAGUUUAUAACUGGGGAGAGGCUGUGGCUCAGUGGAAAAGCCAGAAGUGGCUCUACUGUUAGGCAAAGUGAGGAAACGGCCUCAGGCAGCAAAUAUUGGGGACCAGUGGCGGUAGACCCCUGACUGUGCCUUCUCCAGGCAAUUCUCCCCUUUUGAAGAACAGGGGUAUGCAAUAUGGCAUGUCCUGGCUCCAUUAAACUAGCUUGCUUUUGUAUAUGGAAUGUGUUUGUCCUCUGCAAAAUGUAUUGGGACAGCCCUGUGCAGAACACUUCUUUUGCAUGCAAAAGGUCCCAGGUUCAGUCUCUAGGGGAAAAUUCCUGGAGAGUCAUUGCUAGUCAUUGCAAACAAUAACUGUGCUAGAUGAACCAAUAGUCUGACUUGGCAUAAGUCAGCUUCCUGUACAGAGGUUUUGCAGGGAACAGCUGCAGAUCAGUGACAGAAUCAUAGAGUUGGAAGGGACCACGAAGGUCAUCUAGUCCAACCCCCUGCAAGGCAGAAAUCUUUUGCCCAACAUGGGGCUCGAACUCAUGGCCCUAAAAUUAAGAAGUCUCAUGCUCUACUGAGUGAGCUAUCCAAUAAGGUACAUAUGACAGGUGCACCUGAAUGCCAACAUAUUUUUUUUGACAAAUAGACGUUUCGGUCAUAAUCAGCAACAAGAAGGAUAUUGGAGAUUUGUCCAGGAGCCCUCGGCAAUCCUUCCUUUCCACUCUGCAGCUUGCUGAUAUGCUCCUGUCCUUCGCUCUGUUUGCAUUUCAACAGGAGCUGUUUCAGGAAACAGGCCACAGCUGAGUCAUCCCAGGGAGCUCAGUAGGGAUCAUCUUUCAAUGAACAAUUAGCGUCAGAUUCUAGUUUUGCCCUCACUUCCUCUCUCUCAGCUCAGAGCAACCACUACCUCAGCCCUCAUCUGUUGACAAUAUUUUGAAGGACCAAAUAACAAAUAUAAGAAAAUAUUACCUUUCUUGCUGGUGGCAGCAAGGACAGGCGAUAGUUAAGAAUAGCAAAGCAUGAGUGAGGGGUCACAAUUCAGGAAACACCCCCCCCCCAAGAGGGCAUGCAGCCCUUGGGCUGUAAAAGGAUCUCCUCCCCUCAUGUAGGGAGUGGCUGGGGUGGGCAAGUGCUCAAUGAAAAAGGGAAGCAGAAGCAAUUAUUUGGCUGAGAGCCAGUGUGGUGUAGUGGUUAAGAGCGGUAGUCUCGUAAUCUGGGGAACCGGGUUCGCGUCUCCGCUCCUCCACAUGCAGCUGCUGGGUGACCUUGGGCCAGUCACACUUCUUUGAAGUCUCUCAGCCCCACUCACCUCACAGAGUGUUUGUUGUGGGGGAGGAAGGGAAAGGAGAAUGUUAGCCACUUUGAGACUCCUUCGGGUAGUGAUAAAGCGGGAUAUCAAAUCCAAACUCUUCUUCUUCUUCUUCUUCUUCUUCUUCUUCUUCUUCUUCUUCUUCUUCUUCUUCGAGACGGUUAGCCUUUGUGGCCUCUUGUGUACCUUCCUUCUGACUCCAAUCCUUCUUUCUCGAUUUCAUUCCAGGGCAAGUGAGGAGGAUGUAAUCUCAGUGCAAGUGAAGCAUGUUAUGGAGCCCCCUAGUUGCAGUAGGUCACAGAAGCCGGCAUCGAAGGUGAGCCCCACUGCUGUCAAAGAACCUGUGGAAGGGUCUUCUUUGGGGCAGGAGAGGUUGUGAGGAGUGCGAACCCAGUGGGACUUACGGUACUUCUAAGCAGACAUGUUGCGAUGGUUCUCAACCUGGAAGGCUUAGAUAAAUUCAUGGAGGAUAUCUACAGCUACUAGCCGUGAUGAGUAUGUUCUGCCUCUACUCUCAGAGGCGGUAUGCCUCUGUAUUCCAGUUGCUGGGAAUUACAAGUGGGAAAAGUGCCGAUUUCUGGUUUAUUUAUUUAGAAAACUUAUAAACCACUUGAUCAUAAAAAUCUCCAAGCAGUGCAGAAAUAAAAUUAUAGGUAAAACAUGGCUGAAACCCACAAACCAAUUAAAAACGGGGGCUUGCAAACUUUGUUCCCCAACCCUUUUCCAAGGGUGUGUCAGGGAAACAGGAUCCAGUGAAUUCAAAGCUUCCCUUAAUCUCCCUCUAGCAUACCUGGAAUAAGAUCCCUUUUUUACUGUUACUGCCAUCGGACAAAUAUGGUGAAGCAGCAAUGGUGGCAGAGUUCCCUUUCCAAGGAAGGAGAGAGGGAGAUUCACUCAUUCAUGCCUGCCAAAGGACCACAGGAUCGCACCUUAGUUGAGUAAUCAUUUAUAUCAAUUAAAAAUACUUUGGUUUUUUUAAGUGCUCCUCUAAGUAUCAGAUUUUCUAAAUAAUGGUUAAUUAUUCUUAAGGCAAAUAAUUACACAUCUAGGUGUGAUAAGCAUCUUCUGAGAAAAGACACAUGCAUCCUACUCACACAGAAAGGUAUUAUUUAUUCAUUUAUUUUUAAAAUGUCUAUCCUGCUUUUUGUCCCCAAAGAAGCUUUCAAGUUUAAAACAUAAAAUAUCCAAUUAAAAAAACCCUGCAAUCAAUACAAACAAGAAGCAAAGCCAGAAGUGUAAAAUCCACUCAGCAUCAAUGAAAGGCUCCUCUGAGGUAAGGCUUGCUGAGACACAUGUGAAACAGGGAAAUAUAUUUUCUGUCAGAACAACUGCUUCAUUCCUAAUCCAUGCAGAUUUGAUUGAUUAAAUCAGUUAAACUCAUAUGAUCAAUAAGUCAAAAUUUAGUUAAUCAAUUGAUAGGUAGCUCUCUUUAACUUGCAUUUUUUUAUUUAGUUUUGCUUUUAAUAAUAUGAUACACAAUCACCUAAGAAUUUGAUCAGGCUUACUUCUGAGCUUACAUAUGUAUAUAGGUGUUCGGUUGCUCUGAAUAUAUGUAUAUAGGAUGGCUAUUUAUUUAUUGAAAAUGCUUCUAGGCCACCUAUCAAAAUAGAAAAUACCUUUCCAAAGCAGUGUGAAAAAUAUACUGAAAGUGUUUUAAAACAAGCAUUAGUAUUCACAAUCAAAACAAUAGCACAGAAAGAACAGUAAUAGAGCAACAUACAGCAACCCAAACAUUAAGCUACUCUCUUAAUGGUGGUUCACUUGUGGCUGGGGGGGUGGGGGCGGGAGAAAUCAGCCAUAAGAGGCAAGGUGCUUAACCCUUUGUCUACCCUCCAAUUCUGGAUGAUGGAGAAUAAUUUUCAGUCUAACCCAGCAAGGUGAUUCUUAGCGGAAUGGGUAAGAUGUGCUUUUGAUAUCUUCCAUCUUUGUACUAUUGAUUGAAGCAUGUCACAUGACUCAGUUGCCUUCCCGUGACACACAGCUGACACACAUUUAUGUGUGCUGAUUUGUGCUUGUGGUGGCCCAGCAGUUAGUCUCCUCUGUUAUCACCUGUCAAUCUCACCUCUAUAGUUCACUGUCCCUCCAGGGCACUAAAGGCAGCAUGCACAAGGCUAGCCCACUUGAUGCUCACAACCUAGAAGAAGGUUUAGGCUGAGAGGAAGAGGCUGGUCCAUGAUCACCCAGUGAAAUUCGUGGAUUUAAACCUGGCCUCUCCAGUCCAAGCCCAGCACCCUGCCUUCUACGUGGAAGGGCUACAGCUAGUGGCCAGUGCUCCUGCCUUGCAUGCAGAAGGUCCUGUCAAAGGCUUAAUGCUGUCCAGCUGGCCAUAGAUAAGACUCCGGGCUCCCAGCCAGUUCCAAACAAUUUGAUUUAUUUGACAAAGUUCAAACGUACAUCUCCAGCAUUUCAAUUAGCGUCCUUCCCCUUGUGCACAGUUGCUCCCUCUAAUCUUUCUUCUUCCUUUUCUGCACCCAGCAUGCAAGUCUGCGAAAACUCCUCCCCUUACUUCCUCUGUGCACAGAAUGACUAGUUCCAGGCUCAUCCUCCUCCCCCUCUACAUCAGACCCACUGUCAGACGAGAAGCUGCUGAUAAUCUCUUUAGGCUCUCUAUAACUGCUGGUUUCUGUCCUUUCCUCUUUUUCCGUUUGCCUCUCCCUGACAGGUCCCAGGUUCAAUUGCCAGGAAGGGCUGGAGUAAAUCCCAGCCUGGAAUGCUGGAGAACUGCUACUGGUCAUUGUAGAAUAUAGAUAAUACAGAGCCAGAUGGACCAAUGGUCUGACUCAAUAUAAGACAGCUUCUUAUAUUCCUAUAUUCUACGCCACACUAAAUCUGGAAAUGACCCAGCCAGCUGUGUUUUGUGUGGGCACACACAAGGGAACAGUUUGUUUUUAAUAUCUCAACAAAAGGGGGCAAAACUCGGUCCCACAGUGCAAUCUCUUUUGAGUGUUUUGGCCUGGCUGGACUCUGACCUUGAACAGAACAGAAUGAAGAAAAAGAACAGAAAGAGCCGAAAAAGGCUCUUUCCACCUAUGCACUAAGUCAAUACACACUUUGUUUAACGUAUUUUGACAGUUAUUCUCUCCCUCCUUUAUUUCAAAAUGAUGUUGAGGCAAGUUAACAAUAAUAAAUAUGCCAUUCAGCGAUAUAAAGGCAUACAUGUCAACCAUGCAUUAAAAAACAACCAUGAAAGAACAGCAUUAAUUUAGCAAGCCAAUAACAUGAAUAGUCAACAAAAUAUCUCACUUUGUAGAGCCACAAAAUUUAAUCUUAGGGUCAUGGGUUUGAACCAAAUGGUUCCUGCAUUGCAAGGGGUUGGACUAGAUGACCCUUGUGGUCCUUUCCAACUCUACAAUUCUAUAAUUUUAUGACUGUACCCCGUUAAAAAAAAGUUUUCAGUUAUGUCAAGGUGCAUAGAGCUUCUUUUUCCCAAAGAUAAGGAUGCCCUCUGCUGGAAGCAAGGCACAACUGCAUGGGCCUGUGCCUUUUGCAAUAGAGUUCCUUUCAGUAUGUGUGGGCACUUCAAGGUGUCCCCUUUAUUGAGCUUUCAUCCCAAUUGGUUUGCAGGGAGAUUAGACAACAUUGGCUCUUCAACAAGCAUUCAUUGUGAUUUUUUUUUGGGGGGGGGACAUUGUGCCAAAGCAAGUGUUAACUCCCCACACUUUCCAAUUCAUUUUCCCAUCACUUUCAGAAAGCCCACUUUUGUGGGAGAAGUGGGUUUGUUGUGCAAGAGCUCCAAAAUCAGCUCAGUUGUGCAACCUGGAUUUGCCAGUAUGGGAUUGAGUCUCACCUGAAAACAGCAACAAUCUGGAAACACCUUGUGCCAUGUUAUCCCUCCUUACUUCCACUGUUUUUUGUACUCAGAAUCAGAGUGAUUAAAGGGUGUGUUAAAAUGAAGUAUCCCAUCUCUUUCACCAUGUGCUUCAUUCAUUCAUUCAUUCAUUCAUUCAUUCAUUCAGAGCAUUAUAGAAUGCCUGUCCAACCAAACAGACUGCAAACAUUUAAAGCAUGAAUUAAGACCAGCGAAUCGACAGUGGAAUGGAACCCUGAUUCUCAAAUCAUGCCUCAAAUCAUGUUCACGCAAACAGUCACUUCAGUAAAAACAUUUAAGAUUAUUCCCUCUGUCUCCAAUGUUCAAGCAGUGAAUGCUAUUGCAAAUGUAGUCAAAAGAGCACUGCACCAGCAAGCUUGGGGUUAGGUGAAGUACAAAAAACUGUGGAAAAAUACCAAAGAGUGUGGGGAGGCAGUCCAGUGAGGAUUGAACAUGCUCAAUGGACACAUAAUACUGACUGUGGGUGGAAAAACAGAAAACCAGGGAAGGGAAAUGGAAUGGAGACUGGAAACUAGAAGAAGCAGAAUCACACACUGCAACAUUUUGUUGCAGAUCCGACUUGUAAUUUAUUUUGCCAUUUUAAGACUUUGAUUACAUGUUUUAAUCUCCAUCACCCUGCAGCAGAAGAAGACUUGCAAAGCUUGUCUUGCUUAACCUAUAUGUAGCCUGUGAUCAUGCAGUGUUUUCUGAUCUAGCAUCCUUCUUGGACUUGUUUGAUGUAGCAGUUCAGCUCUUGCAAAGCACAUCUUGCUUGCUUUUGAGUGAAGUAUUAUUUAUAGAUUUGGCUUUUGCAGAGUUCAUUUUGCUUACCUUAAUUCCUAACGUCUUUGAGUCGGUGCCUUUGGUUAAGAAAUAGUCAUUCUGAGACGCCUUCAAAACAGAGGUAUAUCAGACACCACUCAUUUUAAUAGUGAACUUACCAUAAGUGGGUGAGUGCCAACAGCCCAAUAGGAUUAUAGCCAACUCUGAUAAGCAAGAGAAAGGCAUCAGCAAGCUUAGAAAAGCUUUUGGAUUUGUAGAAGUAUAGAAAUAUAUUUACGGAAAAAAUCCUAAGGGGACAAAAAACACAAAAAACAGCAUGUUGAAUAACCAAGGAAAGUUAGUUGUUAGAUAGGAGAAAACCAAAACAAAAUAGAAAUCUGGGCAUGUGUGUGAGUGCAUGUGUGUAGAUUGUACAAAGUGAGCCACAAGAACCAAAGUGUUUCACAAGCAGUUGUAGGGAAGGGAGCACUUUGGGGGAGCACAAAAAAAGAAGUUACUAAGUACAGGGGUACCUCGGGUUAAGUACUUAAUUCGUUCCGGAGGUCCGUAGUUAACCUGAAACUGUUCUUAACCUGAAGCACCACUUUAGCUAAUGGGGCCACCUGCUGCUGCCGCGCCGCCGGAGCACAAUUUCUGUUCUCAUCCUGAAGCAAAGUUCUUAACCUGAAGCACUAUUUCUGGGUUAGCAGAGUCUGUAACCUGAAGUGUAUGUAACCUGAAGCGUAUGUAACCCGAGGUUCCACUGUAUAAUCUAGAAGUGCAGCUGCUUUAUAUCUUGGUAAGAGUCCUGCAAGUUCUGGUAAAGUCCCUUUGUUGCACACACUCCAGUCUUCAUGAUACUCUGUAUAAAAUGUUAUUCCAUUGAGAGAAGGGGGGGAAACGAUGUUAUCCAGGGUAAGAGGAACAAGGAUUUCCCCCACUGGGGAUUUAUUAAAUUAGGGGUGGGGAACCUUCAGAACCUUUUUCUCUGGCCACACCCUCCCCAACCCCAACCCCUCUUCCCAGGCUGCACCUCUCAUCAGCCUUGCUUCUUCAAACCCUCCUGGCGUUCUUGCCUGGACGGAAUGGGUCCUUGAACUCUGGCUUGCCCACAGCAGGAUGUACGAACAUGUGUACAGUGGUACCUUGGGUUACAUAUGCUUCAGGUUACAGACUCCCCUAACCCAGAAAUAGUGCUUCAGGUUAAGAACUUUGCUUCAGGAUAAGAACAGAAAUCGGGCUCUGGCGGCGCAGCAGCAGCGGGAAGCCCCAUUAGCUAAAGUGGUGCUUCAGGUUAAGAACAGUUUCAGGUUAAGAACGGACCUCCGGAACGAAUUAAGUACUUAACCCGAGGUACCACUGUAUUAACUAUCCUACUGCACAAAGGUAAAUUCCCAAUGCCUAGUUGUCCUAGGGUUCUUGAUGGGUAUAAACAAGCCUGGAAGGUAGGAUAUUUUGUCCUAUUAAUUUAAUGUGACACUCAAAUUACUCAGAAGAAAAGUUUCUCCCUGGCAUGUUUGUGGCAGUGUCACUGUCAACUGGUACAGAAACCUGUUGGGGUGGAGAACUACCUUGAAGCCUCUGAGUUCUCAGGAAAUGAUGGCAUGCUCCACUGGGAGCGAGCAGAAGGGCGAGCCACAAACUAAUUCACCCAGGGGCAGAACAAAGCAACUCACCUGAAGCUUUGAGCACAUCUAGCGAGCAAAUACAUCUGUGGUGUUUCCUCCCUGCUUCCAUUACCUACACAGUUUAGAAAAGGAAAUGUGUGGGCUGCAAAAAUUCCCAAGUGCUUCCCUUACGGUCCCUGAAGCCGGUGAUGUCCACCCAGAAGAGAUUCAUCUGCGCUAAAUGAGAUCUUGCCAGUUAGCUUACUAGUAGGACACAUGCUUAGCAUGCAGAAAGUUCCCGGUUUAAGCCCUGGCAUCUCCAUGUUGGACUGGGAACAGCUCCAUUCUGAAACCCUACCAGUCAGUGUAGACAAUACUGAGCUACAAAGACCUAUGAUCUGAUUUGGAAGGCAGGUUCUUGUGGGUUAUAUCCAGCUAAGUUCUGCUCAGUGUAGACCCAAUGAACUUAGCAGACUCAAGUUAGUCACAUGCAUUGAUUUUAUAGGGCCUGCUCUAGACCCAUGAGUCUAUGAUGCUUCCCCAGCACAAAAUACAUCUUCAACUACGGAGGAGGAAGUUGUUCUUUUGGCUAUCUCUCUCUCUCUCUCUCUCUCUCUCUCUCUCUCUGUGUGUGUGUGUGUGUGCUAGCUGUGGGUCUAGCAAGGAGAUGGUGUUUUCUCCAGUGCUUCUUUUGAAGAUCGUAGGGUGAAUUGCCCCCGUUUCAAUCACAGCCAUCUCUAGAGGCCAGCUUGCUUUACCUACAGUACAUGGAGGUGGAGACACGUUUGGGUGGCAGCUGUAAUCUCCAAAGGUGUGUGUGGAAUGUGCACAUUUGGCCGCUUAUUAUCUAGUGAUUUCCUGCUACAUCAGCAGCUCCUCUGGGUGGAGCACCCUUGGGCUGUUUGUAGCAGCUGGAGCUUUGCUGUGAGGGAGGGCAGGGCCCAAAUCCCAGCAGGGUUCAGCUGAUACAAGUGGAACCACCCACUAGCUGGUAUGUCAAGGGGGAUAGUGAGGAUUACAUUAAGGACACAAACCGCCCUGCUGCUAUGUGCCUAAUCAGUAUCACUACAAAUAGCCAACAGUUGGCUACAGGACUUAGGACCUGCCUCAAAAAAAUCUGGUUUGGGGAGAAAAAGAUACUCCAGUAUAAUUAGGCUUGUUGAAUACAAAGAAUUUGGAUUCUUGAGAAUCUCAAUGCUAAACUGAAAUUCCGAAAGCUAUGUGGCUAGUCCUCAUGGCUGUGAACCGAAGACUUGAAAUUAAGCCAGCAGUGUAUUGGUAAAGGCUGCAAGAGGUGGGACUUCUGUGCCUGGCAUGGUGGCUUGUCCUUUUCGCUUUCCCAUGCAGCCCUCCUGCCCUGUUUUUCUGUUCUUGCGACCAAAUCUCCCUUAAAAAGUAAUUGAAGCUCCUGAAUAUAGGGUCAUACUUACAAAAGUAUGGGGUUUCUUUGUAAUUAUUUUCAUUUUCAUUUCUAAAUGGAAAAAAAGCAAUUAACAAUAAAGAGAAAGAAAAAAACUGAAGCAAGAUAGGAAAAGGAACGGAAGGAAGGAGAUGAGAAGAGAGGAGGGAAUGGUAGUAAUCCAGAAAACAACAUUAUAAUUCCAGACAAUUAUCUUUAUUUUCAGGUAGCGUAGGGUUCGGGUAUAUUUUGUUAACUUUUGAUUACUAAUUAGCAAGUUGUUGUUGGGUUUUUUUUAGCAGCAUACAUUUUAUUGGUUUUAUUUCAGUACAGAAUUUUGAGGUUUCUUGGAACAAAAAGGGGACUUCCUAUAUUAGGAUUCCUACAGGCCAAUGUCCAAAAGUUACCCCUCUUUUGACUGCAGACUACUUAGUCCAGGAAUUUCCCCCCCACAGCUAGGAAUGUAAGGAGGCAGGGCUUUCCAUUGCAUCUUGUCUUCUUCACAGCCAGCGCUGUUUCUGUUUCACCAAAACCUACCUUGUCCAUCUAGCUAACUGCUAUUCUGCUAUGACCAAAACAAAUGUAAUUAUUUCAAUGGAGGGGAAAUGUCAAAAAAACAAACAAACAAUGCAUAAAUCAUAGUUAUUAUUUACAGACUAAAAAAAACAAUAGAGAAUGCCACUCACAUUCCAUCCUGACCCUGGACAAACAUGCAAAUUAUGGCAAUUUCUGCUCCCAUUUCCGAUGGAAUUCUCUAACAUCCCUAAAUACAGCUGACUGUAUAAAGCUGCCCUAAGGGUCUACUCUGCAAUUUAAAAUCCUCUCCCAGGGGCCAGCAAAGGUUUGCUUCCCAUUAGGCAAAGUGAAGCAGCUGCUUUGGGUUGCAGCUGCCAGGAGACUGAGAAGAGUGCCAAGAUUUUGGAGACAGAGUUGUGAGUGUCACGCGGCCUUCCCUGUGUCUCCUGAACCUGCCUUCCUCAGGCCCAAUGGAAGAUGUUGUCCCGUCAUCAGUAUUGUAGUAAGAUUUGACUGCCAGCCUGCUUGCCUUUUGUAUAUAGAAAGAGGAGUGCCGUAUUGUCCUUCUCCUCAGGCAGGAAAAUAUCUCAGCCAUCCCUGUUCAGGGCAUUUCCAGAACAGCAAAGCUAGAAUUAGAGUUAAUGGCUAUUUGUUAGGUUAGGUUUAUUGAACCGAUGAAUAAUUUCCCACAACAAAAAGGUCCUGAAGCAAUUUACAAGACGACUAAAAUAUAGCAAUAAAAAUACAUAAGCAUAAUUAAAAACAGAGUAAGAACACUCGGUCUUUGGUGCUGGGAAAACAAAAGGAUAUUUCCCUGGCGCCAAAAUGGCCACAAAGUUAGCACCAGGCAGGCCUUCCUGGGGAGAACAUUCCACAGACAACAGAAACUACUACAGCAGAGGUGGGGAACCUCUUUGGCCUGGUGGGCCAAAUCUUUUAACUUCUCCCACCCCACAGGCCAAAGUUGGCAGGAGCGCAGGACCAGCACCUGUCAAUAUCUGAUUUCUUAUCAGUGUCAGGUGAUUAAUAGGAGGUAAAUCCCACCCGUCUGUCAAAAUUGCCCAGUGAAUGUGGGGGGAUAUAGUGACCAAGCGGGACUGAGCUCCCCAUGCAACAGCUUUUGGAUCCAGUCAGAGGAUCCAACCAUGUCUAAGAUAAUCACCAGAGGCCCAGCUCUGAGUCCUCCACCCCAUUCUAAGGUGAGCUAGGUAGUUACCAGAGACAGGGCUUUCCUGGUGGUGGCACCCCAGGUUUGGCACUUUCUUCCAUUAUCUUUUACCUUGUGCCAAAGUUUGUUUUUUGAUUGACUUUUAAUGGCUUUUAGUAGUUUGAAAGGCUCAUGUUGUUGUUCAUAAACAUGCUAUAAUAUGCCGCCUUCAGAAUUUGAGCUGAAGGGCAGUUUAUAAAUAUUUUAAUUAAUAGCAUAAAAACAAUUUGUGGAUAACUAGUUUCCAUUUUUUGUUUGAUCGAUGGACAAGAUCAGUCUAAGUUAGACAAGUAUAAGGCAAAAUAUUUAUUAUAGUUGGAAAUUUUGAUUCAGUGAUUUUGGCUCAGUGUUUAUUCCUAUUGAUUCUACAUCUGGGAUUUAUGGGAGAGGCAGUUAAUGCUGGUAUCUAUUCUUGCAUUCUGUGUUUAUGUUUGCGUUGUUUUGAUAAAGACUGCAAAACUCAUACUUUUUAAACAGGCAUUUCCAUUCAGCAUAUAACAUCAGUCUAGUCACCUAUGGUUCAUAAAAAUUGCCUCCAGGUAAUCAUGCUGGAAAGCUGUAGAACUGCUGGGCUUUCUCCCCUUUUAAGCCAAAGGUUAAUAACACUGACAAAUUCAGGGAUGAAGGCUAGUAAAAUAUUAUACAAGCUACUUACUGCUGUGGAUCUUUUUGCAAAGCUGCAGGCAACCCAAACAUAUAUAAUCUUGUUCAACUGUUGCAUAUACAGGGUUUCUGUCCCACCCCUCUUUCAUAGUCUCGGUCUUUUCACAGUUUCUUUUUCCAUCCUGCAGACCCAGGCACUCAGUUAUUCGGAGCCAGAUUUGUGGAGGAAUGGCCUACUGCGCAAGUUUGGGAACCUCACUUGGCACAAGCGACAGAGUAGCCAUUUUGAACUCUCUCAGCACCCUGGGCACCUGGCAAGUGAUCCUUGGUCUAUGGGGCGGCUUCAGAGACCAGCUGUUGGCAGUGACAUGGAUAUGAGGAGCAGGGCUGAUUUUUAUCCUGCUGAAAAUCAAUCUGAAAAGCAGGAGAGACCUGAGCCUUCAUCUAGGCUAAGUGAAACACACUCUCUAGGGACCAGCCCAGAACCCUCCGCAUCCUUUGAUUCUUUGCUUUGUUGGGGAGAUGGAAGCUCUUGGGAAGGGUCUUUCUCCAUCAGUAAUUCUUCUCUGUGCUGCCCAGCAGCUCCCGAAAUGAAAGGAGAAGCCCUCAAGCUCCCAUCAGUCCAGGAAGAAAACAGCAAGGCCCCCAAGUCUGCCUCAGAGUGGACUGAAAGUGUAUUUGAAGGGUAUUUGACCAUGGGGACGUCCCACCCUGUUGUUACAGAACAGAUGGAGAACCUGAGCUUCAGCAGUGGCCUUGGAGAGUCCGUCUCUGAGCACGUCGGUGGUGCAGAGGAUGCUAAGACGGCCACAGCAAGCCCACCUGUUGAUCAGCCUCUGAAGGUAGCAGAUUCUGCCUCGGCCAUUAAAAUCAGCCUGGGCCAGAAUGCCCCAAAGAUCCGCUAUGAGAUAAUGAUUACAAUGACCAAGGAGGUGGAGAGGGCUGAAGCAGAACCCACAUUCAGUUGUGGUGAAAGAAGCCUGCCGUGUCACCCGUCUGGGGAGGAAACACUUUCUCUGGGGGUUGCUGAGUUAGAGAAAAGAAAGGAGCGACGUCACCAGGAACCAGCCAGACCAGCUAGCCAGCUGUCAGCGAGUGAGGAAUUCCAAAACUGCAGAGGGCUGCAUGGGGUGGGAACCUGUAAGGUGUGCGGGCCAAUACUGACUCUUGCCACUGGGAGCCCAGCAGCGCUGCAGUGGGGAUCGGAGACCAGCCCAGGAGUGGGUGAGGUAGACCAGAGUGAAACUGAUCGACUGCACUCGGAGGAUGGUGUGCUGGCAAAAGAGACAAACAUCGUAGCAGUAGGAUCCCCAGCCAACAGGUACGUGGGGGAACAGGUUUGGGAAGCCUCGCACUACAGCAGGUGUGCCAGCCAGCCCUGAGCUGCUGAGAAUAGAUUGAGAGACAUGUCUUGGCAGAGAGAAAGGGAGCCAGAGUGUCUGUUCUUUCCCCUGCAUGCUUUGCUCUGCAGCAAUGUGAGUGGGAAGUUUUGUGUUUGAGAGAGAGAGUGGAGUCUUUGGCGCACACUGCAUGGGGGCAGGAACUGAGGGGGGUCAAAGAAAGGCGCUGUUAACAGCUUCUCUUGUUUGAUGGUCCAGACAGCAAAGUUCAGGGUCAUGGAGAGGAAUGAGCAGGAUUCAAGGCUUGGAUCCUCCCUGACCUCCGUGCUUGGGCUUCCACCGUCAUCUGACUGAAGGCUAGAGUAAUGCCGUCAUCCAGGGGAUUUCUGUACCACACAACUGAAGGGGGAAAGAAAAAGAAUUGUGUUUAAAAUGGUGAGGAAGGCUUCCUCUUUCAAAGGUUUUCAUUAACAGGGAAGUUCAAUGCAGCUGUGUGGCACAGUUCCACACACAUUUACUCAGAAGUAACUCCCACUGAGUUCAUUGAGGCUUGCUCUCUUGUAACUGUUUAGGAUUUUAGUCACUGGGGCAAGUUUGAAGCAACAGGUCUGCAAAUGAAAGGUAUGCUACUUCUUGUGAGGCUGUUUUUUUCCUGGAAAUUGUUACUAUUAAAUUUUCUAUUCUGUCGUUCCUCUCAAAGAAGCCCAGUUACAUUAAAUUGGGAAUGUAAAUGAAAAAAGACAGGCUUUCUGUGUAUUAAGUUAUCAUUUAAGGAAUAAAAAUUAAUUAUUUCACACUUCCUGAAGUAGCUUGGCAAGGCACCCACAAUGAGAAGUUGGCUUCACAAUAUGUGAAUUUAUUUAACUUUAGGUUGUAAUCCUAUCCACCUGCCACCCUGGAAGGAAGCCCCAUUGAAAUGUAUGGUACUUGUUCUGAGAAGACAUAUUCUGUAUAGGAUUGCUCUGUUAAUCACUUAAAACGUAAAUACUUAAAUCAGUUCAGUGUCUGUCCUGACUCUAGUCAGAUUCACAAAAGCAAUUAUUUUGUUAUAGUCUUUCACCAUCUUUAUUGCUUCCUCUGCCUACAAAGUAACUGGAAAGUAAAGCAUGGUGAAAAGCGCAGAUAUAUUCUCCUUUUUCAGGAGAACAUGGCCCUGCUCUUUAAAAGAGUUUUAUCCAUUAGCAAGCAUUUGUCAUACACCCGGCAGGAGAUGUGAACAGCAUGAAUGGGGAAACUUGUAUUUCUGAAUAACCUUUACAGGAGCACUAAAGAUAAUCAGGUAAUUUACAGCAAUAUAAAAUACAGUGCAAUAUUAAAAUCAGUUAAAACUGAAUAUUUCCUUAGGUGCCCUUGGGUCUUUGCUUUUAGAGAAAGAUGAGCAAGAAAUAUAGUCUGAAAUAAGGACCCCUUUCUCACAUGACAAACAGCUAAUAAAGUCAGGGUCACCUGAAUACAGACUGAGAUGUAGCAAUCAUUUGAAAAGAGUGGGUGGGUGGGUGGUGUAGGUCAUUUCCCCAGCUUACUCAACCAGAAGUCAGUUAAGGAGGAGACCCUGGACAAGGUGUCUUCUGGUGCCUUCUCCCAAUGCUACCCUACUGAUCACCUGAUAGGGGCAUAGGAAGCUGCCUAUCCCACCUGCACAAGAGCAACAUUCAGGAGCUGACCCUAAAGGCUACUGUUGCAGCUGCUUAGAAUCAUAGAGUUGGAAGAGACCACAAGGGCCAUCGAGUCCAACCCCCUGCCAAGCAGCUUAGAAUCACUGCCUUUGCUUGGAACCUGGGGUGCCUUGAAUACAUGCAUAGAUGACAACCAGAAAGCAUGCCCUAGAUUUUGCUAGCAUGAUUAACAUCACUGUGGGAUGAUGUUUGUUCGCCCAUUCCAGGUCACUGUGUUUGUUUACAGUGGCUAGGCCACUUCAAGUGAACUAUAUUAUAUAUUAAUUUUAAAACGUGUCACACAUGUUAUAAUUUAAGUAACACUUCAAAGUUUGCCUUAAACAAACACUUCAAAGUUUAUUCUUUACUAGAUUUGCAUCCUCCAAAAAGCUCAAGCUUCAUGGUCGCCCCCCCCCUCCUGUUUUAUUGUCUCAGGAACCCUUUGAAGCAGAUUAGGCUGAAAGUGACUGGCCAGGAAGGUUGGAAGGAAUUGCCAAUUUCAGUCCUCUCAGUUUCUUAAAUUCAGUUCUCCAUAUUUCUGCAGCAAUUUAUGAUAGAUUUGUCUUUAAAUGGUGAACUGAAUCAAGAUUUCUCCUGCAGGUGAGCUUCAUAGUCAAGGGCUCAUCCACACUGACCUUUAAAGCACUAGGGCAAAAAAUAAAAAGGGCUCAGAAAUGGAGUUUUAAAGCGUGGACCUGUGCCUAGAAAUGUGACAAAAGGAAGUCUGAAUGAGCCCUCGGUGGUGAUUUCAGCCUUGGUCUCCUCUGUCUUAGUAUGACCCACUAUAUCCACAGAACAAAAUUGCUUUGUUCCCUUUUUUUGGUCAUUAUGUAGUGUGUGUGUGUGUGUGUGUGUGCGUGUGUGUGCAUGCGUGCGCGCGCGUGUGUGUGUGCGCAUCAUGGAGGUGCCAAUAAUAUCAAAUUAUCUGAUUACUCCCUCCACCCCCACCAUCAUUACACACAGCAAGGGGAACAACACUGAAAUACUACUUAUAUGCUAACGCACGUAUGUUGCCUUGUGCAUACACAAUAUAAUGCUGCCUUCCAUUCUCUCUGUACUUACGGUGCCUUCUGGUCAGUUCCUUUAUUUUGCUUGCAUUAGAUCACAAGCUGCUUUUUGGACCAAAAUGCUCCAAAGCCGUGUGAAUGACAAUCGGCUCUCAGACUGACAAUCUAAGUUCCUAGAUCGUGGAAGGACUGCAUGCGGAUGGUCCCUGGUUCAGGUACUGCUAGGUAAAUCACCUGCUUGGUACCUUGGGGAGCCACUGCCAGACAGUGUUGUCAUAACUGAGCUCUAUGGGCGAAUGGGACACCUUGGUGUAAGAGAGCUUUCUAUUAUUGAAUGGGUUUAGCUUUGCAAAAAAAGGGGGCGUAGUCUAAAUGGCCCCCGCGCCUCUUUCAACUCAGUGAUCCUAUGAUAUAUUUAGGAUGACAGUUUAUACAUUGAAAAAGUCCCAGAUUGCAACGGAUGCCCUUCCUUUUCAGCAGGUCCUUGGCAUUCUAUUCACUGCUCACACCCAACCCCACUAAAUAUUAAUGCCUGAGCUUUCUCACACAUUAGUUAAUUGCAUAUGUAAAAGCAGAUUAACAUGGGCUUCAUUGCAUGGCGGAGUAGGGCGUUGUAAUAUUGCUUGCAGACAGGGACAGAAAUAGGUACCAGAGACCACGGAAAUGGGAUGCAGAAAUUCGUGGGCCACGUUUUCUGCUAGCAUGCCCCAAGGCCAUGGAAGUAUUUGCUAAAACGGUGGUUUCCAAACUGUGUCCUGUGGAGUUUGGGGACUCCUCUGAAGCUUAUUGGGAGCUCCACAGCAGACAAGCUUCCUAGGAGGAUGCCUUGACUACUACUGUUAACCUUCCCUUACUUACCUCAUCCAUCCACAGAACAGUGUUGGCUGGGGGUAUUCCAGCUUAACACACUCAGUUAAUGCAAAACAGUGGCGAGGCUCGAAAGGUCAGGACAAGGGUCUUCUAUGAGCUGAGGCCUCAUUUGCACUAUACAUUUAAAGCUGUAUCAUACCACUUUGGGGAAUAGAGGUCUCCUCCCAAUGCUCAGCUCCUGUAACAAACUACAGCUCCCGGGAUUCUUUGGGGGAAGCCAUGACUGUUUAAAGUAGUACAAUUACUGCUCUAAAUGUCUAGUACUGAUGGGGUCUGCAUGUAAGGACGAGAACAUUUCUCCAGCAUCCCCUGCAAUGUUCUGAAUGUCAUGGAAGGCGUUGAGGACAUAACAGUCAGGAAGCUAAACAAGAACUUAAGUGCCUCUGUCCAAUGAGAGUAGGUCAGACACAGGAAAUGCCUGACUCCUCCCGGAUGAAACUAAUAAGUCUGGUGCCUUAUUUAUUAUAACUGACCUGUAUCACAACAUUAUCCAUACACUUGGAUAGUUUGUGAAUAGCCCAUUAUAGUGUGUGCCUAUUCAGAGGUUCCUCAGCUUCAGCUAAUGAAUUCAGGGGUAACUGAAGGUAAUAAUAAUAAUAAUUAAAGCCACAGUGCUAGAGAUGGAUGAUAUUAUUUCUCCCUACUGUUUCCAUAUCACCUAUUGAUUUUUCCACUUCCCUAGCACUUCAGUAUCCGCAAAUCUGUAAUCAGCCUGAUUUUGAAACAUGGUUGGGCAACUUGUCUGAUGCCAAAGGCCAUAUUAAAUAGGAGACAGCAACCAGAAGUCUGUUGGCUCUAUAGCAUAUUUUGUUUGUGCGUAAUUGGCACUGACUUCAUUUGGCAGGUGCCAAACUCUCAAUGGUCAUGUUUUUCCCCCUCUCACCACCUCCCAGCCAGCUCACAGGGCCAAGAGCUUCCAUAUUUCUAGCCCCCAAUCUUCAGAAUCAUAGUAUAACCUUUUUGUAAGAAAAGAUUAGGGCAUAAAUAAGAUCUAGAACUAAGCAAGUGGGGAACAUUCGUUCUCCAGACACUAACUAUUCAGAACCUUGGGUGUUUAACACCCUUGGGAGUUAAACCUUAAGGACUAGGAACCUACUUCAUUUAAACAAAAAACAAAAAACCAAUAGCUUAGUAUAUAUUAGUGCUUUAAUUGUUCCAGUUCUUAUGUCCCUCAUUCCAUCUUUUAGACUAUUGAUACAAAUGGGUUCUGCAACAAAAUGUUGCAGUGUGGACUGCUCCUGUUCAGCAUUCCAACCAGCCAGAUAUGCCCUUUUCCAGGAUAUGGCAUUCAUUCUCCCCUCUCCCCAAUUAUCCACACAUAACCAUCACCAUAGUCAGUCAGUAUUCUGUGUCCACUGAGCAUGUUCAGUUCUCACCGGGGCUUUCUGAUAGAAUCCUCCCUCCCAUGUUGUUUAAAUGGUUGUGGUUUUCUGGUACUUCUGCUAAUCUCAGGGCUCCCCUGAGCCUCCAGAUGACCCCCCCUCCUGUGUGUAUGUGGGGGGGUGGGGGUGCCAUUUUGGCUACAUAUGCAACGACAUCUAAAUAUCAGAAAUGGAAGGUAUGAUGUAACAGGGACAAAGCAAACAUCCAAAAGGAUAGCAUUGAUAUUGUUCGACCAAACAAGCCAGUCAAAUUUUCUCCUGCAAGUACAAAGGCUGUGGGUCACAGAUACCACCAUGCUGGCAAUUACCGCUUCCUGAGACCCUGGAGAGCUGGACAGAUGGACCAAUGGACUGACUUAGCUUAAAUUGUUCACACAUUCCUAUGGGCUGUGUUAACACAUUCAACAGAAUGAAGUGGCAGACUUUGAGAUGAUAGUAUUCUGGAGGAUUAGAGGUCACAUGUCCCCCACAUAAACCGCUCACCUCAUGUAAUAAGCUAGCAUUUCAGGGGGAAAGCUGACAGUCCCUGCAUCUCAUUCCUUAACGCUUGCAAUUCCUCCACCAUUGGAGGCAGUAUGCCUCUGAAUACAGUACCAGUUGCUGGAAACUGCAGGAGGAGAAAGCACUAUUGCACUCAGGUCCUGCUUUCAGGCUUUCCAUUAUCUGUUUGGCUAUUGUGAGAAGAGCAUGCCGGACUAAAUGAGCCACUGGCCUGACGCAGUAAGAUCUCUUUUUUUGUUCUUGCAUUCUUAAUUAAACGGUGAAUGAUUUUAAAGCAAUGUUGGUUGAGCCUCCCACAGUCAGGUGAUGAAGAACAGAAGACUGCUCAUUAAGAAGCUGGUUUUGUCCCAUGGUUUUACCUGUGGAAAUGCUUUUCCAUGGCUACAUUAUAUUUCUGUUAUUAUCAUGUGGUUGAGCAUAAGCUUUCGGUGUUGUGGGUAACUGCUGAGCCACAUUACAUACCAAUGAAGAGUGAGACAUGGCAGUGGGACACCACAAGUGUUGAACCUACUUUCUUUUUGUUAUUCAGAGCCACUCCAGUUUUAAUGGGACAAAAUGUCCUUGGGUACAGGAGCAUAGGAAGCUGCCUUAUGAGUCAGGCCGUUGGUCCAUCUAGUUCAGUUCUGUCUACAUAGACUGGCAGUGACUCUCCAGAGGUUCAGAGAGAAGUCUUUUCCCAGUCCUACCUGGAGAUGCUGGGGACUGAAACUUCUGUAUGCAAAGCAGGUGAUCUACUGCUGAGCUACAGCCCUUUUGCUGCCUGUGGCAAACGACAAGAUGGCAGCCAUGUGUAGAAGCCAGCUGGACGGGCAAUUGAAUCUUACUUCAGCACUGGCCAUGUUCUCCACUACUCAGCAUCUUAGGGAAUGAAUGAAAGGCUUGUGGCGCACUCUGAUAUCUUUGGAAUUUCCUUCCUCGUGAGGCUAGACUGGCUCCCUCCGUGCCAUUCUGCCAGGAGGUGAAGAUUGUUUUAUUCUGGCAGGCCUUUCGGAACUGGCUGCUUUUAAGGAAAGGGCUUUUAAAUAGUGCUGUGCUCUUUUUACUAUCUCUGUUUUAACAUAUAUACCUUGUUUUAAUUCCAUUGUAGUUCAAUUACUGUUUAACUAUUAUCUUAGCAUUUCUAUUUUAUCUGUGUUUGUUUUAAUUUUUGUAAGCUGCCUUGAGUCCUGGUUCCGGAGGGAAAGUUGGAAUAUAAUAUAAUAUAAUAUAAUAUAAUAUAAUAUAAUAAUCUCCAACAGAGGAGAAUGGCCAAAGGGCUCAGGAUGAAUGGCUUGGGGGCUGUCACUGCUGCCCAUUAAGUUCAUGGCUAUUAAGUUCUGAAGGCAGACCUGCAUGGGGAAGUUUUUAAUGUUUAAUUAUUUUUUGUAUAUGAGGGAAGCCAUCCAGAGUGGCUGGGGCAACCCAUUCAGAUGAGUGGGGUACAAAUAAAAAAAAAUAUUAUUAAUUAUUAUGGUGGUUAGCGCAGCAGAGUGGUGGGCUUCCUCACCCCCAUUUCCUUUUAAAGUGUAAAGAGAAGCAAAGCUCUUGAGAGGCUCUUUUGUUUUUUCCAGAACCAAUGUGGUAAAUUAUGAGGGAAACAAAAUGGCAACCAUCAACUAAAUUGCUGCUACCCAAUGUUCAGUCCUCGGGGGCAGGGGAGUAAAUGCAGGCAGGUGUUGACGCAGUGGGUCUGAAGAAGCCCAUUGCUGAUGCUAGGAAAAAGGAAAGAGCAAAUAACUCCAGGUACUUGAAGUAAGUUUUAUUACAGGCCCAAUGUGUUUCGGAACAAACCUGAGUCUUGAUAGUAUUCCACAUGCUGGAUGAAAAUUGCUGGGGGGGAAAUGCCCCGAAGAAGAAUUUGUCCCGAACACAUCUGGAAUAAAUUGGACCUGGAAUAAAUCCUAUUUCAAGCUCCUGGAUGUUUUUCCUCCCCCCAACCCUGCCAGUGGUGCUGUUCUGCUUUUUCAGUUGGUUAACAUGUUGAUGCUGGCCUGAAGUUUAUACUAUUUCUAUUGUUAAUCGGAAGCGAGAGCUGGACCAUAAAGAAGGCUGAUCGCCGAAGAAUUGAUGCUUUUAAAUUAUGGUGCUGGAGGAGACUCUUGAGAGUCCCAUGGACUGCAAGAAGAUCAAACCUAUCCAUUCUGAAGGAAAUCAGCCCUGAGUGCUCACUGGAAGGACAGAUCCUGAAGCUGAGGCUCCAAUACUUUGGCCACCUCAUGAGAAGAGAAGACUCCCUGGAAAAGACCCUGAUGCUGGGAAAGAUGGAGGGCACAAGAAGAAGGGGACGACAGAGGACGAGAUGGUUGGGCAGUGUUCUCGAAGAUAAAACAUGAGUUUGACCAAACCGCAGGAGGCAGUGGAAGACAGGAGUGCCUGGCGUGCUCUGGUCCAUGGGGUCAUGAAAAGUCGGACAUGACUAAACGACUAAAUAACAACAACAUUGUUAAUUAUUGGAAUGGAAAUGGAAAUUACAUUUCUGCUAGAGGAGAAGCAGCUGGGGGAGGCUGUGUGGCUUCUGAUUGUUAUAUGUACUCUGUUUGUUAUAUGUAUAAACAGAGGCCCUCAGCAAAACCCCUUUGGCUGAGCAGGUCAAUCCAGUCAAAGGUUGAUGGAUCUAGGCUAGGGCAGGGCCUCCAGGGACCCAGCAUCCUGGUCUGACCACUUCUUCAGGGUAUCAUUCCCUGCCUUGCCCAGCUGGAGCGGCAUGAAAGUCCUGGAGCAGAAGGAGGGCAUAUGUAACAUUGGGUUGCUCCAGGCAGCUUGUUCAUUGACCAUUCAUCCUGAUUUGCUUGCACAAAGCUUACAUGGAGGUUAGACAAUGCCUGGCCUGUACUGAGCAUUCAUCCUCAGUGCUGUUGUGCCCGAGUGCUGUUGCCGUGGCUCAAGCUGAGAGAAUGCUUUCCUGCCUGCUUCUUUUUCACUGCAAUAUAUCACCACACAUUUAUUACACUCGCAGAGAGAAUUCCAAGGUAAACACACAUCUACUGUAGAAUCUCACACAGGGCAAAUUACUAGCCGUUGCACUGGUCAGUAAAGAUCACAGCAUGCUUUCAGUUUAGGACCAUAUACUUUUGGAGAAGGAAGAUUCAUUCUUUUCUCUUUAUAAUAGGGCUGAGGAACACACCGUGGAUUUCAAAUGGCCAUCCAGAUUAUUACAGGGAGGCUGCAAGCACCAGCAUUUAUGGCCCAGAUAUUCAGGAUAAAAUCGUGGGAAUUGUAGCUUUAAUUAAAAGAGCAAAGCCAUCCUUUCACCCUCAGGGGUACAUGCAAGCAUAACUGGAGUGCAUACCUUAAAAACUAAGAACAUAAAUGAAAAGAACAAAGUGCUGUUGUUUUUUAAUCAUCCAUUUGUAAUCUAAUCAGAUUAUUUGUGGUAUCUGAUUUUUGAACAUUUGAGUUGUACUGGCAACAGGUGUCUGGAGAAGAAUAGUUGGUUUUCAGUGACUGUGGAGUUAGUCACAAAGAAUUAUUUAUAAAUUACACAUCUGUAGCCUGCCUUUCUUCCAAAGAGCUCGGGGAAAUGUAUGUGGUUCUUCCCUACCAUCACAUCCUCACAACCGUCCUAUUAGGUUAGACUGAGAGAAGGUUCCUAGAAUCGUAGAAUUGUGCAGUUGGAAGGGACCAUGAGGGUCAUCUAGUCCAACCCUCUGCAAUGCAGGCAUAUUUUGCCCAAUCUGGGGCUUGAACCCACAACCUUGAGAUUAAGAGUCUCAUGCUCUACCACUGAGCUGUCCUCUUCAUGAAGGUGUAGUCAAAUCUGAGAACAUUUGUCAUAGUUACUUCUUUCCCUCCUUAUAAUAACUACUUCAAUGUUACCAUCAAUCAUUUUUUGUUUUUGUUGCUGAAGCAAAAAUGUUUUAUGUUGUGGGCAGGCAUACUAAGUGGAUAGUGACAUUAUAUAGUUUAGUCACUAGAUGGCACUGGACUCGGCUGCUAGCUUUGUGGAGUCAGGUCUUGCUCUUUUGUUCAUGUUGCAGAGGGGCAAUAAAGUUUUUGUUUGGGUUCCCGACAGGUCUGUCCUCAAGGUCUUCCAUGACACAUACUAUGUACUAACGAUCCCUCAUUGUAUAGAACCAGUGAGCCCAUAAGAGCAUAUCCUGUGGAAAAAUCACAUGUGGUCGGAAACAUUAGUGGGGGAAUGAUGUCUCCCACCCUUCCUAAGUGGAACCUCCGACAGUGAACCAUGUAGCUGCCUCAAUACGUCUGUUCCUUCUGAACAGACAUGAACAGACAUGUUCUGAAAGCGGGGAAGGCAGAUACAUGUAGGCCCUGAACCACUACCCCAAAAGUACCCCACAGUGCACCUGUAUCCACAAGUGCCCUCUCUCAAUAUGUUUGCAUGCAGAAUGUAGAGGAUCGCACAGGCAUGCUCCCUCAGCAGGCUAAUAACAUCUGCAGGGGUAAAUAGUCCUAGGCUGCAGUAUUUAUCCCAUGCAAUCCCUAGGAUCCUUUGAUAUGGAAAGACAGCUUAUAAAUUAAAAACAAAUAAGUUGUAAUAAACUCUUGGUUCUUGCUGCAGCCUAGUGCCUGUUGAGUGAAACUCAUUAGUGAUUUCUUGUUAUACAUACAUUUAUGCAGCUUCGUCCAUGUAUAUAUAUAAGCUUUGAAGAGUUUCGUAAGCAGAAAUGACAGAUUUCUGCCUUGAAUGAGCUUCCCAUCUACAUGUUGCCAGUGAGAAGAUGGCAGAGGAAGGAGAAGGGGUGUAUGUUCGUCUUGUAUUUUAAGUUGAGGUUUGGGCUUAAAUAUGUUCCCAUAAGGAAACAAAAAGCAGGAAAAAAUGUUUUGAAAUCAGCCUGCAGGUGCUGUUCAGUCAAGUAGUCGCCCAAACGCUUUGAAAGUGUCAACUUUGCAACUGGAAAGCGACAAAGAUGUUGUGGCACCUUAAAUGCUAAUAAAUCCAUGCUGGCACAAGCCUUUGUGAACAAGGAUCUAAUUCUUGAUGCAUGAAGUGCUGUCCUCAACUGGCAGGCAAUUUGUCAUUUGUAACUCAGGCAAGGCACUUUAUGCCUCCUUGCCUUCUGCCAAAGCACUUGGGGAAUAAUUAAGUAGACUUAUUAAGGCACUCAUUACUCUGUUGCAAGUUGAAUUUCGACAUGCUAUGCAGUGCACACUCGGUUGAUGAUCAGGUACUAGACACUCUGGUUGGCUGUGUUAGGUGUGUGCACAAUUCUUGCAGCUGUCAAAAAAUGAUAUUUUUGGUUCUGUUCAAGGUAUUAGUUUAUCUACAUCAAGCUGUUCUUGAGAUUACGGCAAUCUGACAUUAAAACUGUGUACUCUGCAUUAUUAUUCUAACUGGCCUCAGUAUACCAAAAAAGGGUGACACACACACACAGUGACCAGAUGCAAAGGAAGGAAGGAAUUCUGUACAUUGAUAGCCAGAGUGCAAUAGAGGUUAGAGUGUUGGACUAGGAUCAGAGAGCCCCGAGUUCAAAUCCCUAGUCAACCAUGAAGCUUCCUAAGGGAGCUUGGGCCUAUCACUAGCUUUCAACAUAAACUACUUCCCAGGAUAACUGGGGGGGGGGGAGCAGAAGGGUUUUAUAUAAGCAUUAAAAUGAAAUUUUACAUCACAUUGGAAAUCUAAUACACUGGGCAACACUCUCCAUCCUCUCUCACCUAGAAAUGUUCUUUUUGUGUCCCCUGUCAUGGUUUUGCUUUUUUCUGGAGCUGCCAGAAGAAUCUUUUUCUUUUCAUGCUUAGAGAACAAGAGAGAGUUAAACAUACGGGAGUACAACCAGCGAAAAAAGUAGGCGAUCGUAUGUGCUUUCAAAAUUCUCCCACAUACAUUUUCUUUCCAAACUUUUGUUGAGCUAUAUAAGGAGUGUGCUGCUCUACUAACUCACCAUCUGAACACCACUCUCCCUGAUACUGGUGGUUUCUGCCAAAGCCACAAUUUUAAUAUGAGUCGCUUUCAUUUUAUUUCUCACCUUCAUGCCAGGAGCAAGGUACUUGUCAGCAAAACCACCAAAGACUUAAGCACAAGAAAACAAUGCAGACACCAAACUGGGGUAGCCAACCUGGUUCCCUCCAGAUGUUGCUGGACUACAACUCCCAUCACUCCUGACCAUUGAUUACACUGGCUGGUGCUGAUGGGAGUUGGGGUCCAACAACAGCUGGAGGACCACAGCUUCCUCAUAUUUAUUAAAAUUGCUCACCUCUCUGAACAACCUUGCAUUAGUCAUAUAUGGGCUAAAAAAAGACAGAGAUCUAAUCUUUGUCAAGCUUUUCUUCCUGGUUGCCUCAAAUCCUCAUAUAUUGUUGGACUUACAACACCCCCAAUCCCUGGCUAUUGGCAAAGCCAUCUGGGGAUGAUUGGAGUUGAAAUCCGAAAAAUACUUGAGGACGCAAAGUUGAAGAACACUGAUCUCGACUGCCCAUUAAAACUCUCUUAAUUUCCUCCCACUCCCACCCAGCAAAUAGGCCAGGUUCUUGAGGCCAUAUUACUCAUUGCACUUUUCAGACAAGCAGCAAUAGGAUGAUUUGGGGUGUUAAAAAGAUAAAUAGCAGGCACAGGGGACCAAUCUUUAUUGGAACACUUGCAGGGGAAGGAGUGUAAACACAGCCACAGCCUUUCCCAGACUGCAGAGUAUCUGUUGGGUGGGGAGUGUUAAAAGUACCCCCCUAUUCAACGCUCCAUUUGUGUGUGGGGGGGCUACACCUACUUUUGACUCUUUUAAAAACAAUUCACUAGGGUUGUUGAACUUUUUUUGCAAAACCUCAAAAAAAAAAAAGACAUUUCUGAACUAUUUUUUAAAGGAAAAUCAGCAAAACCAACGUCAACAUGGCUUGCCAUACGUCUGGAUUUUCCCAGACAUUUUUUUCCCCCAGUUUACCGGACCUAUAGCAACCCUAAAUUCACAAAACUGCUAACUGUCUGGCUUGGCCCUUCGACCUGACUUUCCUCAAGGCUGAUACAGAAAUAAGACUUAGUGCGCCACAUUCUGAUUCAUAGGACGUGAAAUUGGAAGCCAUCAGAUGAAAUUGCACUAUCACUUCUUGGGUCAUCUUUGUGAUGGUGACACAAAUUAGUACCAUCUAAUUAGCAUGCAACUGGUUGUCUUUGCAUAAGUGAAAUCUCUCUCUCUCUCUCUCUCUCUCUCUCUCUCUCACACACACACACACACACACACACACCCUCUGUUUUGGGCUGCUUCCCAGGAAUGAUUUGCUGCUGCUGGACCAAAGAGUCCUUAUUUACCAAGCAUCACCGAAUAAACUCAAAUGUAACCAUAGCUAUGUAAAUCUGAUACAGAUACACAUUCAGAUAAGGUAUGUCCCAUAAAAGGCUCCUUCAUUUCCAAGGAGCAGUGAUACUGGGCAGGGUAUUCUUACUGGUUUUAAAAUUUGUUAUUAAUCUACAGGCCGAUCAAGACUUGCCCACAAAAUCCACAUUUCAUGUAGUCAGUUUGUCCCCUGGCAGUGGCAGUCCAUGUUGUAUAUUUGAAUGUGAUUUUAAUGCAGAGCUUCCACAUCCAUACUCCCCGUUUCCCUCUAUUUGCUGUUUCCAGCAACCGCCCCUCUUUAUAAGCUACUCCACAUCAAAAACACCUGCAUUAAAUAUUUUUUAAAAAUGGACAAAGGCAUUCACAGAAAGCUGGCUGGAGUGCUUUUAAACUGGAGCAGAUGUCUUUUUUGGGUUUUCCGAGGAUAAGGAAACUCUCAAAUUAUUGGGAAGAAAGUGUGGGACAGCAGUUGUUUCCUGUGAACGUUGUAUGCAGAAGGGAGAAUUAAAGGAUGCACAAGGGGCAAAUGCUCCACAUUAAGCUGAGGGGUGGUUGGACCCAAAGUCAUCUGGUUUAGAAACUCUGGGGCAAGUUAGCAUUUUACAGAUUAGCUUUUAAAAAUCUGAUUAGUUUUUGCAGAGUGAGAAGACCUUCAUAUUUACCCUGCUUUCACUAUGCUUGUUGAGUGAUCAAAAAGGUGCUAAACACCCACACACCAGGAUUAUGGAAAUAAGUGGGGCAAGGCCAUUAUCACAUCAUUCCCAAAUUGCACAGGCACCCAUAGAUCAAGCAGGAAUUACUCAGCAACUCCCACAGAGAUGAACUAAUCUCAAUCCUUUCCCAAAGUUACUGCAGAGUGCUGACACAGGGCUUCUAGGGUGCUGAGCCUGGGCGCAGCAAAAUGCACUUGAUGGGGAACAUCAUGAAGCUUUAGACGGUGGGAUCCACACAUAUACAAAUGUAUACGUGUCACUUCAACUCUGUGCUAUAGUAACUUCUCCCCUGAACAUUGCACAGGGUUAAAAUGUGCUGCACUGCCCCCAGGCUUGGGUGUGCCACACUGGGGCCUCUAGGUGUCCUGUUUAUUGUGCAUGCAAGAUUAUUCAUGCUCAUGAUGGUAUAUCAGGGCAGUUAUACACAAUGCAGCUUUUAGUACUGUUUGCCUGCAAAAGGUCUGGGACAGUCAUACUUCUUCGUUUCUGGUCAGUGCAUGUCCCAUAGCUUCCUCCUGAAAUCCUGUAACCUUCUUUACCACAAAUGCUCCUUCCGAGUUAUUGUUUAUCCUGCUUUCGUUGCACUAUAGUGCACCAGACUUUGAUAAUGCAACUACACUGAGGAAACAUUGCAGUGCAACUAAUCAAGCACAAUAAUAUGUGUGCAUGGUCCAGUAUGAGUCCACCACUAAGGCAGCAUUAUUACAUCAAUGACAUGUUGCAGAAACCUUGAUCAUUGAGAGUCUGCUCUAAAUCAGGGAUGGGGAGACUUGUGAGACCCAUUUUGCUUUGUACCAGACCUUGAAUAUCUACUAUCCAGAGACAGGUGCAAAGGCAUUCUGUUGGAAUUAAAGAACUGGGUGCCUCUGAGCACAAUCUGAGCCAAGGAAUUUGUUUUCAGUACCAGAACUGUUCACAGGCCUUUCACACAACAGUCCACCCCUGCUUAGCUUCCGUCAUUUCAUCAGCUUCAUUUAGGCAGAGAAAAGUUAUAUUGUCGUUGCUCGUGUUAAACAAUCAGGAGUAGUUAAAAACCCUUGCUGAUCCUCUAGAGAUCCGGCAGCAGCUCUUGAUCUUUCUCCUGCCUAUCUCCUGCUCUGCAAUGUUGAAGCAUAGAGGAUUCCAAUCUUUCUGGCAACCUGAGAUCUGGGGCGGCGAGGAGUGUUCCCUCUUUUGACAGACUCAUUCAGAACUUGGGAAGGUGCUCUUAUUGUGCUUCAGCCUAGAAAUUUGGCAAGACUGAAUGCUUUUCAUUUUCUGUCCCGUAACAAGAAACCUUGAGAAUCAACAAUUGACAUUCAUUUGAUUCAAAGCCAGAUGCCAAACCUGCACAAAAAACCCUCACGAUUGUUGCUUCCCCACCCUGUUGCUAAUGAAACGCCCAAAAUAUAACAGAAUAUUAUAAAUUGUAAAUCAGGGGGUGGAGAACCUUAGGCCCUUGAGACUUUCCCUAGGUCACAACUCCUUUCGAGUCACACCCCCUACUGGUUUCGCUACAUGCCUUCCUUGUAUGUUUUUGCCAGGUUGGACUGUGCCCCUGAACUCUGAGUGGAUGCGUGCCUGGAUGGAGAAAAGAGAGGGGUGUGUGUGUGUAGAAACGAACCUAUCAUAGAAAGGUCAAUUUACAUUCAUUGCCCCACUUUUGCCUCUGGUGCUGCCCCCUACUGGCAUAUUGCCCUCGGAAGAUUGCCCAGAAGGAAAUACAGCCCUUGGUCUGAAAAAGGUUCCCCAUCUCUAAUGUAAGUAGUCAUAGGAAAGAGAGAGGAUUAGGUCUGGUUCUUCUUUUAUGUACUUUCUUUGGGUACUUCAUUUACUACUGUAGCUACUCAGGCAGUGACUGAAUAUUGGGCUUUGUCAGUAGUGCCCCCCAAACUUUGCAAUGUCCUUCCCAGCUACAAAUGCUUAGGACCUGUUCUCAUACUUACUUGCCUUUAAAUUCACAAUAUAGUUGUUUUUAGCUUGAGUGUUUUAUUGAGAACUCUUCUUCUUCUGUUCCAAGCUCCAGCUGUGCUACACUUUUCAAGCUGCAUCAGAACAUAUUAAAAAAGUCAUUGCUUCCCCCAAAGAAUCCUGGGAACUGUAGUUUGUUAAAGUUGCUGAGAGUUGUUAGGAGACCCCAAUUCCCCUCACAGAACUAUAAUUCCCAGGGUUCCCUGGGAAAAGAGAUUGAUUGUUAAAUCACCCUAGGUAUUGUAAUUUUAAUUGCAAAGCCAUGACUUUAAAAUUGACUCAUACUGCUUCAAGUGUGUACUGUAAAUGGGGCCAUUGCAUUUCUUGUUUUGUUUGAUUGUUUACUGCCUCGUGGGGUAUUAUUAUUACUGGUAUUAUUUAUUAAGUUUCUAUACCGCCCUUCACCUGAGGAUCAUAGGGAAGGUCACAAUAUAAAAACACAAACUGCAUACCAUAUUAACAAACAAAAACAAUACCUCCCACAGUUUUAAAGGCCACAAAUUGUUUAAUUAGCCAAAGACUGGGAUAGAUACUGAGGUGUGUGUAUGGGGGGCAGCAGUAGCAGCCCCGCUGGCCAUACCUAUCGGUUGGAGUUGUACAUGCCACCGGUCACAGCCAGCAUGGGCAAUAGUCAGGGAUGAUGAGAACUGACAAGGAAGCCUGACUUCAGACCAUCUAAUCUACUGGGUCACAACCAACCUUCUGAGUAUAUCAAAACUUCAAGAAGGAUGGGUGUUAGGCAUGAACCUUUAGUUGGACUUAGUCGUGUAUGUGAUGUUAGGGGAGGGGUAGUACCUUCUUCUGGGGUAGUCGUAACCACCUUUGGUCCCCACCCUGCACUCUACUCUCACCUGUGGCUUCUAGAAGCUGCCAGCAUGGGACAGUGGACACAUCUCAGCAGACUGAGUGGAUGAGACCAAUGGUGGGUCCAACGGUCAAGAAGGCAGCUUAUGCACGUGCUUUAGAUAGAAGUGAGGGGCAGAUGAGGCUCGCCGACCUGGAAAGGUAGCCCAUCUAGGAGAAGGAAAACUGAUCCUAAAACUGCCUUGCAGGAAAUCGUUAAGAAAAUAAAAGGCUAAGGAGUUAACCCUACACAAAUCCGGAAGGGAGUCCCUAAGACAGUUGGAUGGCGCCAACUGGUGCCAAACGAAUUGCUUUCCUUUCCUUUGGACCAUAUCAGUGAGGCCGAGAGUGGGGUCUUGUCAUCUUGUGCACCAUGGAAAGUGUCUUCGGUGCUGCUAACGCAGCGGUUUUAGUUCACUCCCGGAGGCGCACUCCAUUGUCUCUUGAGACAGACGGAUGCCAACAACAGUUGGUCUUAAUAAAGGCAUUACCCAACUCUUCCUUAUGCAUGCAUGUCUAUGUCUUUGGGUGUGUGUCUACUAUGUUACGUUACUCCUUGCAUUUUUGCAGUGGUGCACUUAAGUAAUUUAGACUAGCCUUCUCCAACCUGGUGCCCUCCAGAUGUUUUUGGACUACAACUCCCAUCAGCCUCAAGCAGUAAGGACUAAUGUGAGUUGUGGUCCAAAAUACCUGGAGUGCACCAGGUUGCAGUCUGUUUUAGACUCUGACUACAUCUCUCCCCCACUCCUGCUGCCCUUUAGAUGUGUUUGGGGUCGCUCCUGCUCAUUCUGCCCCAAAGUCCUGCUCUGAUGGCACCACUGUGCCUUUGAGCUUGUGGAGAAGAGCCAGCUAAGAUGGGUGAAUGCUUAAAAAUAAUCUGACAAAUUACCUAUGUGUUGGCCUCAUAUAAUAUCUUGCUUUUUUAUUUCAACCAGUCCGUAUCUCAGAGCAGGAGAGGAAGUUUCCUUCCUGUUUCCAUGGAAUUAUGUUUGGAACGCUGUUGGUGGCUUGGCAGGGUGAAAGCACAAACCUGACUCACCCUGGAGAUUAAUGCCUUGUCAGACUAAGCAGGUCAGGACACAUUGAAUUUCUCAACCCCUGUCUGCUUCUCUGCUGUAGAAAGGAAAGGCUGAGUUGACUUGGCUCAGAUGGCAUUUACAAGCACUGGUCAGCAAUUCAGGUUAGGAAUAGAGCAACAGGUUUGCCACUUAGGUGUGCCUCCUUUUUUGCUUUCUGGGCAGGGAUCCCAGGCCUUCAGCAGCUGCAUGAUAGGUAAGAAUAAAACAGGUGUAUUUCCUGCUAGGGCAAAAAGGUGGCUAUCCUAUCAUUACAUAAUUUUAAAAAGAGAGGGGAGGGAGGAAGAGAGAGAGGGACAGGUGGUUCAUCCCUGCCCUUUUAAAUGUGCACGGUUUUUAUUAAAACUUUGGGACCUGAAGGACACCAGAGGGGAACAUUGCCUGCAUACUACCACCCUACUCUGGCCAAAAGAGGGAACUACAUGCAAAAACAACAAUGAGCUUAAUAACAAAUACUAAAUAUAUAUAUUUUUAUCAAAGAUAAAAAAACUAAUCUAAACACAAACACAAACCAAAAGGGGGGGGGGAGGAAAAAGGAAAAAGAACUUCUGAUUCUUCUUCUGUCAGCUACAAUAUAGAAAAUUAUUCAAUACAUCCAAGGUAACAUCCAACAAUUCCACUUUCUACAAACCAAUAUUUUCUUUAAUCCUCAAACCUAGAUAUUAUAAAUUCAAUUUCUUUUUCACGCAAAAAGUCUAUAAGGGGUUUCCAAUCUUUAGUAAAUAUUGACAAUGAUUUUUCUCUGAUUAAACACAUUAAUUUUGCCAUCUCAGUGAAGUCCAGUAAUUUUAGCAACCAUUCUUCCAUGGUAGGUAAGGAUCUUUCCAUCUUUGUGCAUAUAAAAGUCUCGCCACUGUGAUCAUGUAUUGAAAUAAUGAUCCAUAGUCUUUUUCUAAUUGUAUAUCCAUUAUUCCUAGCAGGAAAAGUUCUGGCUUCAAUUGAGUAUAAAACUUUAAAAUCUUCUGCAUCAAUGUAUUUAUUUGUAGCCAAUAUUUCUCGGAUUUUCUACAAGUCCACCAAGCAUGAUAAAAUGUCCCUUCACAUUUUUUCACACUUCCAGCAAACAUUUAGGACACCUUUAUACAUUUUAAAUAAUUUCGCUGGAGUUAGAUACCAGUGAGAAAUUUUAUUUUUACAGUAUUUUUAAAAAAAUAUUUAAAUCAACACAGUGCAAAUUUUAGCCCCGAGUCUCAUGGCAGCUUAAAAGACAAAAUAAUUAUCACUGCAUAAGCUUUUGUGGACUACAGUUACUUCAAUAAAUGUAUGAAGGGUUAUCCUGACUUGCUGGUAUAUACAUGGUUGGGGAGUAGAGAGAAUAUUAUAUAGAGGGAUUCCUUUUUUUAAAAAAGUUAUAUUUGUUAAUUGGCUUACCAAUGUCAGGAUGUCUAUGUUAUCAACAACUUUUUGGGGUGAAUGGCCACUGUUAAUAAUGGAAUUAUCAUAAUCUGUACUUUUCUGCAUUUCAUUUUCUUCUGACCUGACUGUUUACAAUCCUCUAACCUUCAAUCUGCAGCUCAGGAUAACACUUCAUGCAUCUAGUGAAGUGCCGCCGAAUUUUCUGGGGCCAAUAUAUAGUAUAUGGAUCAGGCCCUCUGCUGUACUUGCAAAAGAAUACAUAAUUUUGCAUUAAAGUUGUAUACCCUUGGUCAUAUGCAAAUUUAUGCCUUCUCUGGGGGUAGAGGACCCAAAAAUAAAUCACAUCACAAACAGGUAGACAGACAAACAGACUGUGAAUAGUUGAAGCUUUCCCCAUCACUGGAUUUCCACACUAGAAAAACUAACCUGUUUGAUUUCUGCCUGCCACACAGCACUGCUCUCCCCCAGGGCCAACCAUGCAAAGAACUCAAAUUAAGAGCAAAAGCAAAAAAACAAAAAAUUGGGCACCUUAAUUUUUUUUAAGUGAAUACCUGUGACUAAGGCAAUGAGACACUAGAAUUAAAAAAAAACAACCCCACAAAGGAAGGCAAGCACCUCCCCACCCUUCAUGCUUGAUUUAUUGCUGCAUUCCACUCCUGCCACUUUAAAGCAAAAGACAAACACAAACCUGUUUGCCAACCUUGGUAAACAGCAACUAAACUACUCGAAGUGUGUGCAGUUUCGCAUUUUAAAACCACUUUUCUCAUCAUUGGUCCCUUUUCAAAAUUGUUUGGUCAGGUGAGAUUUAUGCUGCAGCACUGGCUCUGUAUGAGGUCAGAAUUCCCCAAAUGCCAGGUUGCUAUACAUUUAUGUGGGAUAUAAUGAAGGUGUCCCUGUUCCAGUUGAUUUUAGGAAUAACACAACCAAAAUGAUUAACAAAGCAGGGGGGCGCUGUAUUCUAGGUGAAGCAUUUGAACUGAUACCACUCCUUAAAAUAUUUGACCCCUAGUUGUCCUAGCUGAAUUUCAUGCUUUGAGACUAACAAGGUUAGCAGCCAAGUCUUGGUUGCACCUUGCAAGUCAUUACAUCUUUAUUUGUGUAAGUUCUUAUAAUGACCAGCUUGAACGAACAGGUGAGGUGGGUGGGCAAGUGGUGGCUGGUUUCUCAGUCAGGCCAGUGCAGUAGUAAGUCCUGCUACUCCAGGGGUGGCGAACCUUCUUGAUCUGAGGGCCGCAUUUCCUUCUGCACACUCUUCUGGGGGCCACAUGCCAGUAGUAUUUGUCUUUUGGUUAAAGUAAGCAGGGCAACAAAUGCAACAUUUAUCUUUGCAUACUGUCCAACAUUUGGAGACCCCAAACCAGGACGUGCUUCUUCCGGGACGUGUGCCCAGGUGAGUCACAUGACCCGUGCCGUGCUUUCUUUGGGGCAAGAGUGCAGUGCAACAGCGAGCAAGAGUGUGAUACCCAAAAUGGCCGCUGCGAUCUCACACAAAAAAACAGGAUGCCUCGGUUUUUUGCACAAACCUGUAUAUUCUCCAACUAGACAGGCAAGAGGCAUUCUCAGAAUUCAAGGACACCUUCCAACCAGGCAAAAUCGUGUGCUGUAUGUAAUGGGGUAACCACCCACACACUUCCGCUGCGCUUUCUGCUUGUGUUGUGGCACCUUCGGUAAAACUACUUCUUACUGUUUGUAGCAGAGUUUUUCCCCGGAGGCAGAGGACAAGAACAGGAGUCACACUCAGAUUCUUCAGUCAAGAGAUUUUUUAUUGCUUGACUGGUUGCACAAGCAUUUCUGUUACAAGCUAUUUACAGUCCUUCUUUAUCUAUCCACCAUGGUAUAAUCUCAGUGUGUGUGUGUGUGUGUGUGUGUGUGUGUGCUUUCCUCGUGAGGAAAUUGCAGCCUGCAACUUCCUCCCUUUAUUUGCACCUCCAGCUGACACCAAUCAAGCCUAGAGUGCCACUCCUACACACUAAAGACAGUGGUGGCCAAACUCAGCCCUCCAUAACAGUAUGAAUCAAAGCCAGUGAGGGGCAUGGCCUGGGGAGAGUUCCCAGGGCCAGACGGAGAAGCCUGGAGGACCAUAUCUGCCCAUCUCUGCUGCUCCAUUUCUCCCUCUGGUGCAGCUGGGUGGAAUGGCUGAUACUAGAUGACAGUUGAGAGAAGGAAAGAGACGAAAGGCAGCAAAAGGUGUGACUCCCACUGUCCCACCUCUCCCUUUUAUCUGGUCCCACGUUGAUUCUGGUUGUGCAGCUACUGCUUCUUUUCAGCAGUGGUUUGUGUUUCCAGUAUUUCAAUUGUUUAAUUUUUUUAAAUGGCAUGCACUUCUUUUUAUGGCUUACGUCGCUCUGGAUACUUUCUUAGAAAAGUGACUCAUAAAUAGUUUACAUAAAAUAAGAAUGCAUAUGUAAACACACCCACCCACCCCCGGUGAUGGCAAGAUGGGCAGGGUGUGUGUGCGCGCAGGAUGACUUGCAGAGUCCUCUCCCGUGGCCUGUGGUGGAGAGGAGGGCUGCUGGUGGGAGGGCACUCAUCCACAGCAAAAUCUUCAGCAGCAGGAGGUAAGCUUCUGUUGGCAACACUGCCACCGGCAGUAGGCAAUAGAGAGCUCUGAAAUGGGGGCUCUUUGAAGUGGAAUGCAGGAUGCCGGUGGUUUGGCUUCUCUCUACUGGAUCCAAAGCCCCACAGAUCCCUUGAGAGGCCUGAUCAUCAGGCCCCUCGGCUGUGUGAGCUUAGAGCUGGUGCAACAAAAGGAACUGCCAGCCCACCUCCUUCCACUCUGACCAGGAUGAGUACCAAGGUUUGGUGUGUGGCAAUCAAUCUGCUGCUUUGUUGCUCUCCAUCCAGGCUUUGGAUUGCUCUGUAAUUAUUAUUUUUUUAACUGGCAUUUGUGAUUUGAGGAAAUUGUGCCAUUCCAUUAUGGUUCAGAUCUGUUCAAAAAUCCAUAUCGUCACCUGUACAAUCGUAUUUCAAUCAAAUGCUAGCACGUGCUACUGUGCUUGCUUAUAAUUAAUAGGCCCUGGCUUUGGUUCAGUCAGUGCCUUUGAUCAUAAACUACUAGUUGUCUUUCAAGCCAUUCAGAAGAUUCCCAUAGCCCCUGGAUUGGUUCUAAUCCACCGUUUUGCAAUCACUGGGCUGGAUGACCUUUUAAACAGACCAUCCCAGACCAAGUAUGUGAUGAUUCUGCGUUUCUGGAGAAUGAGUGUAGAUAAUUGGGGCCCUUGUAAAGGAACACAGGUUUGUCGAAAUAGUCAUUUAAAAAGUAGUAAGUUUUCAAGGGGGAGGAGUAUAAUAGAAUAGAAACACGAAGGGAUUUUUACAUUGGCUCAGAGUGGGGAAACUUUGCCAACCCAAGGGCCACCUUCCUUUCUGAGGGCCACAUGCCAGUGUGGGGUGGGGACAGGGCCAAAAGUGGGUGAGACAACAAAUGUAAAUUUUAUCUUUGUACAGUAGGCUGGUCUCUGCACACGCGCACCCCUGUUUAUCACCCAUCCAGUCAUGGAAGAGGCAUUAUCAGAAUUCAAGGACACAUUCCAGCUGGGCAAAAAUACUAAAGAAGGGUGCAAAGCCGGAGUGUGGAGAUUUGUGGCCUGGGGAGAGGGUGGAUGGCUUCAGGAGAUCCCCAAGGACUAAAGAGAGAGAUGGGGGGGGGAUUGAAUUUGGCUACUGGGUCUGUGUUUCCCCACCCCUGCUGCAAAGAGUUUAAUGAGUCUCUUGCCUCCUCUUGGCCUGACCAUUUCUUUUGUCCUUUCUGUGCCCUGUCUCUAGCUUUUCUGAGUCAAGAGGACUCUCCGUGGCAUCUGAAAGCAAAGGACCUCAUCCUACAGGACCAUUUGACAUUGGAAGAGGCCUCCUUUGCACUCAGUACAGAAUGGAGGAGGUCGCUGGUGGGUCUCGCUCUGCUCAGAGCAGGACAGGGGGAUCCACUGCAACUGCCUCGCUCAGAAGGAAGACAACACCUUCUGAUCUACUGAAGGAAGAGACCAAACCUUCCUUUGGCAAAGUCUCAGCUGUAACACAGAUGCUGGAGAGAGGAAGUACCAGAACCAGAGGCAACAGCCCCUCCAGAGUGUCCGUGUUGCUCGAGGCCUGGGAGAAAGGGCUUGUAGGCACGGGCACCAUUGGCCCAUCUUCCUCAACAGGCAUCAGGGACUCCCGUUCCCCCGUACCCACCAGGCGCAGCUUUUCAUCCAAAGAUGCUCCCCACCCACUUCUCUCAGAAAAUACCAGGAGUUCUCUUUCUCCCACAAAUGCCAGGCAGCCCAUUUCUCCAGCAGGUAGCAGGCGACCCCUUCUUCCAGCUGAUGCCAGGCGGCCCCUUUCCCCAGCAGAUAGCCAGCGGCCCCUUUUUCUAGCAGAGACCAGGAGGUCCCGAUCUCCAGCACAUACCAGGCUGUCUUCCUCACCAGCAGAGACCAGGAACUCCUUCUCUUCAGCAGAGACCAGGCGAUCCCGAUCUCCAGCACAUACCAGGAGGUCAUCUUCACCAGCAGAGACCAGGAACUCCUUCUCCUCACCAGAGACCAGGUGGUUCCAAUCUCCAGCAGAUGUAAAGGAGUCACCAUCUCUGGCAGACACCAGGAACUCCUUCUCUUCAGCAGAGACCAGGCGAUCCCGAUCUCCAGCACAUACCAGGAGGUCUUCUUCACCAGCAGAGACCAGGAACUCCUUCUCCUCACCAGAGACCAGGUGGUCCCAAUCUCCAGCAGAUGUAAAGGAGUCACCACCUCUGGCAGACACCAGGAACUCCUUCUCUUCAGCAGAGACCAGGCGAUCCCGAUCUCCAGCACAUACCAGGAGGUCUUCUUCACCAGCAGAGACCAGGAACUCCUUCUCCUCACCAGAGACCAGGUGGUCCCAAUCUCCAGCAGAUGUAAAGGAGUCACCAUCUCUGGCAGACACCAGGAACUCCUUCUCUUCAGCAGAGACCAGGCGGUCCCGAUCUCCAGCACAUACCAGGAGGUCUUCUUCACCAGCAGAGAUGAGGAACUCCAUCUCCUCACCAGAGACCUGGCGGUCCCAUUCUCCAGCAGAUAUAAAGCAAUCUCCAACAGAUACCAGGAACCCCUUAUCCUCACCAGAGACCAGGCAGUCCCAGUCUCCAGCACAUACCAGGCAGUCUUCUUCACCAGCAGAGACUAGACGGUCCCAUUCUCCAGUAGAUAUAAGGCGGACUCCAUCUCCUGCAGAUACCAGACACUCCUUCCUCCCAUCAGAGACCAGGCGGUCCCGUUCUCCAGCACAUAGCAGGCGGUCUCCUUCCCCGGCAGAUGCCUUGUUGUCCUUCUCAGAGAACAGGCGGUCCCAUUCUCCAGCAGAUUUAAGGCGUUCUCCUUCUCUAGCAGAUACCAGGCUUGCUUUCUCCCCAUCACAGACCAGGCGGUCCCGUUCUCCAGCAGAUAUAAGGUUUUCUUCACCAGCAGAGACCAGGCGUUCCCUUUCGCCUGCAAAUAGCAGGACAUCUUGCCUCAUGACAGAUACCCAGGGCUCAGCAAGUUCCCAGCCUUUGCCUCCUCCAGUAGAGAGCCGCUACUCAUCUACUGCGGCAGAUGACCAUCGCUCCUCUUCCACAGCAGAUACACAGUGUUCAUCUUCUUUACCAGUCGACAGAUACUCAUAUUCUGUGGCAGAUAUUAGACGCUUAUAUUCCUCAGCCGACACCAAGUGUCCGUCUUCCCCAGCAAACACCAAGCACCCAGUUUCUUCGGCAGAAACCAAGCACUCAACUUCUCUGGCAGAUGCCAGACACCUGUCUUCCUCAGCAGACACCAAGCAGACAUUGUGUUCAGCAGAAAACAAGCUCCCAACCUCCCCAGUAGAUGGCAAACACACACCUUCCCCGUCAGACGCCAAGUGCCUAUCUUCCUCAGCAGAACCCAAGCACCCAUUUUCUUCUGCAGAAAGCAAGCGCUCCUCUUCCCCAGCAGGUUCUAGAAGUUUCUCUCCCACAUCAGAUGGGAAGCGCUCCUGCUCUCCCAGCCCACGGAAAGAUUUUACAGCUCACGGUCCUGUGUUUGCUCAGGUGUACACCCCAGCUUCAAAGCCAAAGAGCCUGUCAGGAACAGAGACACAAGAUGCUAAUAGCACCAUAGUAGCUGGAUCCCAGGCAGGAAACCACUGCGGUAGUGCUACUGACACCCCUCUGGCAACUAGAUUUCAGAGAGAGAGCCUCAUAUCAAGCACAGAUGGCUCUCAGGAGGAACCUCUCCCUGUUAUUCCUAUCAGCACUGGGGCAAUGGAAUCCCAGGGGGAAAGCCAUGCGCCAAAUGGUGCUAGCUCCAGUAUAAUCACCAGAUCCCUGACAGAAAGUGCCCAGCCCAGUGCCAUAAUACUUAGAUCCCAAACAGAAAACUACCAGUCACAAGUUGCCAACACUACUUCUUUGGGUGGAUCCCUGGGGGAAAGUUACACGCCCAGCACCACAAGCACUAAACCUCCCAGUGGGCCCUGUGUGCUAAGUCCCUUGCCUCGUGUUGUAAGCUCCAGCACUGUAGCCAAAUCUCAAACCCAGUGGUAUGGCCCCAAUGGCAACAGCAUGGUCGUCUUUAGGUCUGAACGACAAGUCAUCGUACCCCAAGCUGGAACCACCACUGUCUACAGAGCAGGGCAAGAAAUUAUCAUGUCCAGCUCUGGGACAGGGAGUGCAAGCAAAGCCCUGCAAGGAAAGUCCCUCGUGCCAAGCUCUAUCAGCUCCCUGCCACCAAAAGAAAACUUGCAGUCCCAGAGUGACCUCCUUGAUGACAAGUCCCCACAGGGGAGCCCUGCAUCCCUUCCAGAUGAUGUUUGCAACUGCUCCAUAGCAGGUUCCGAGCAAGAAAGCUGCAUGACUCAAUCCAGAAGUGCCGGUGUGAAUGACGCCCAAAGGCAAAGGUGUAUGCUUCUGCCAAACCCUGCAUUCACAUCAAAUAGAGAUGCUACCACACUCAGGGAGGGAGUUGCUCCUUUGAGCACAUCCGAGAGAGACUGCAGCCCGCACGCCAAACCUGCAUUCCAGAGGCACAGCAACUUGUUUACAUCAAGCAGGUCUGAAAGGGAACAAAGCAUGCCUGAUCCAGAUGGCCCUGUAACAAAUGGGUCAGAACAGGAGAACAACCUAUCAAGAGCAAAGAAGGCCAACACAUCUGCAUCCCAAGGACUUCGUUGCUCAUUGGAUGCUGCAGAAGAAACCAAUAUGCUCAGAACCUCUGCUGAAUCCCAGGAAUCUGUGACAAGGGAACAAAAAUCUACCAUCUGGAAUGAGCUAAAGGAAGAACAAGGUUAUCCCAGAAAAGAUUCCCCUGUGUUUGCACUGGAACCAGCCAUUCCCCCUACCAAAACGAACUCCUCCCAUGAACCUCCAAGCCAGGAAGCAGGACACAGCAGCAGGACAGCAGAAGAGGAACCUGAAGAAGCUGUGGACAUGGAGCUUUUUGUAGACACCCUCCGUAAUAUGGAGCCCCCUGAACUCCACAAGCCCCUGAAGCUCCUCCCGAGGCCUCCACGUCCUUCCACGUUUGCAAAGCACACAUCCCUUCCACCUAUCGAUGAGGACCACGUCGCUCCCAAGUCAAAGCUUCCUCUCCCAGCAGCAAUAGGUGAGCUUUUCGCUCUUACUGAGGAGAGGAACUCAGAGGGAGAAAAAGAAAUGGAGGAGGAAGAUGAGAUGGAGGAAAUAGAGAACCCAUAUCUUACCAAGGAUGAAAAGUCAUGGGAGAACAGCCAGGCCAGAGAGUCGUACCCUUGGGAAAACAAGACGUUCAAGACUGAGGAGGAGAUUGGCUCUUUCCUGGGGAAGUUGCAGGAAGGGGCUGCAGACGCCAAGGCCAAAGCCAUCGCUCCUAAAGCUAUCGCCAACCAGAGCAACUUAAUCAGAGCAAACAUCCUCAAAGGGCUUACUCUUUUGUCUGGCUUCUCAGACAAGAAACCUGUGGAAGAUAAGCCUUAUUCUCGCUUGGACAACAGUCUCCUCUACAGCAGGUUCAUCUCCCCAGAGAAAUCUCAACAAAAAGUCCUGGAAAAACGGAAAGAAGGAAGAGAUUUGCCCACACUCCUGGCUCCGGCUGCCCAAAAAGUCAACAGGGAAUGCCAGACAUCUCCAAAUGAGCUUCUGCUGAAGGCACCUGAAAAUCUGAGUUCUGAAUCACCGCCAUCUGCGCUGCAAGCUGAGCCUGCCUUUGGGGUGCCAGGUGCAGACAAUAGCUCCCAGCAGGUUACUCUUCUGUCCAUAGAAACAAACUCUCUUCCCCAGUCAAAAGCUCAGGUAAGUCAGUCUGCGCUGUGCAGUGAAGGGUUCCUUCCAUCCUUGUUUUGCUGGCAACAGCUGCAAUAAUGUCACAAAGAGAUUUUGUUGUUUUAGGGCAUUCAGGAAAUGUGGACUAUUUGGGGCCCGCGUGGGUGUGUAACAAAAGCAGGGUGCUGUAGCACAAUUCAUGCCAAUGGGUUCUGUUCCUAGAAUCUCCACCUUUGACCUGAAGUGGAACUGGUGGUACAACAUCCAGUUGAUGCUGAGAGGGUUGACAAAACCUUCAUUCAUAAGGAUAAUGAUUACAGGGCCAAAACCACCAAGGUCUUGACUUAACUGUACAGUUUUUAGUCAAGUCACUGGGUGUUUGCACCUGGAUGAAGGGCAGAAGAGCUUAAGCUUCAUUAUGUUGUUGUUGAUCUUCCCUAAUGGCUGCUACAGAGUCAGUGAUGCUCAUUAAAGAAAUUGAAGGGAAGCAGAGGGGUCCAUUUAGGACAGGGAUGAAGGCUGCAUAGUUGACAGAUCACAAUGUUCAAGCUUUUGAGACCUGGGACCCACCUUUAAUUACAACUUGCAAUGUGGAGCCCAUUAUCUUAUAGGUCCAAUCUUUCCCCCACCUCUCCCUCUCUCCUCUGUCGUUCUCUUGUCCUUCUUUUUAUAAUUAAUGGAUUAAAAUGCUUAUUUUAGUAAUCAUUUUAAAAAUGUUGGUUUAAACACUUAAUAAAUAAAAACAAAACAUACUUAUUUUACAACAAAGGGAAAGGGACUGCUGAUAAUCAUAUUAUUAUUCCAAAAUAGUUUAAACCAUUUCCAGUCUUGCUCAAACUUUGGUUGCUUCCAUAGGGAUGGGUAAAUCUGUCGGUUUCAGUUUCUCAUUUUUCCUAACUACAGUUCUGUGCAUUUCCACAUUGGUUUGCCAAUUUAAGGAAAAGUUCUCAUGCAAAUUCAUAAGCAUUUUAGUGCAAAUUUCUCCUAAUGCACAGGUCUGUAAACAUUUUUGCACAAUAUGUACAUUUUUCAAAGCAAUGUCCCCUAAUACAAUGCAUUUUUAUAUGUUUCUUUCACUAAUAUAAUGCAUUUUCUAUGCUGUUGUCACUCAAUAUAUGCAUUUUUAUGCACACUUUCACCAGUAUAUGCAUUUUUUUACACAUUACUUGGCUGUAGAAUUGCAUUGAAAAUUUUGGAAAAGUGUAAAUUUCAAAGGAUGGUUGUGUUUCAUCUGUAGAUUCAUGACUGUAGAUGCGCAUUUAAAUGUGGAUCGAAUCAGAUUUUCCCCAUGUCCCUUACUUUCCCCAUGUCCCUUACUUGUUAAGCCUCCAUUAAGAUUUGUUUGCACAACUUUUGUGGAGAGGUUGGACAUCAUAAACAAUUUACUGAGUGUUCAUUAUGAUUUGCUAGUAGGAAGGUUGGGCAAUGUCCUCUCAAACAAUUGUUAUCCCACACUUUCCGCAGCAUUCAACCAUCACUUUCUUUAUCUCAAAAAGUCCUGUUUGUGGGGGGUCAUCUCUAGUUGAUGUGGAAAUGUGGAGAACUGAAUUUAAGACUGGAAAAAUGAAGAACUGAAAUUGGCACAUUCGCCCAUCCCUAGUCUGACCCAAAUCAACAAUUCCCACUAGUGCAUUGGGGGGGGGGCUUCUUCCCCCAUGCCCCCUUCCAAAUCAGCUCCGCAGGGUCAGGCAAACUCCCUGAACAGCACACAGGGGGGAGAGAAGGAAGGUCACUCUGUUUGGCAAACAUAAAUGCUUAUGCUGACCAAAGAAUCACCUUAGUAUGAUGCUGAAUUCCCCCCAGAGGGGCUUUUUGUGUAUAUGUGUGUGUGUUAUCCACAAACAAGCAAUAUCUAACUUACGCUAAAUAAAUAAAUAAAUAAAUAAAUAAAUAAAUAAAUAAAUAAAUCUCAUAUGAGAUAGGGAAGGAUUAUUAUCUCCAUGUUGCUGAUGGAGUGGGUGGGAGCUUUCUUUCCCUUCCAAUGCAAAUAGUGGUUUUGGAGUAACUAGAUGUUUCUGAAACGUAACCUUUUUGCCCCAUUUCUUCAUGUAAUUUUCCAUUCAUGUUUAAAUUGCAGCAAGAGGAAAAGAAGCUUCCGACGAAGAUUAAUGUGCGACCUGGAAAGGUAUGGAGGGUGAAAGGGGGUGGGGCUGUUGUUGCCAAAUGUCUGGGCAAGGGGCUGAUAUGCUUGCAGAGAGAAAGUUAAGGGCUGGGUGUUAUUGCAUUGGUGCUAAUCUCAAUUUCUGCUUUUCUCACCAGAUCAUUCUGUACUCUGAGGCAGGCUUUGGGGGUCAGAAGAGAGAAAUAUGGGGUGAUAUCACUGAUGCCACAUCUUGGGAGCUCUCCCACACCAUCUCCAUCCGAGUGAUCCGUGGAGGGUAAGUAAGCCUCUGAGUGAUUUGCUUUGGGUUGUGUUGCAGGGAAGGGCCGUGUGUGCUGUGCAUAUAGAGAAGGGAUGGGGAACCUGUGUGGCCCAACAGAUGUCGUUGGACUCCCAACUCCCAUCACCCCCAGGUUUUAGGGCCAACGGUGAAGGGGAUGAUGGGAUUUGUAGUCCAACAAUGUCUGGGGGACCCCAGGUCCCCAUCCCUACUGUACAGGCAGAAAACACAGCACCACGUAGAAGUGAAAUCAGAAGCAGAUUAAGACGUUUCUCUUAAUGCUUAGUCAAAAUAUGCUCUCCAUCCAUUGGUCCUAUUCUUGCCCUCUGACAUCUUAAAUGGUCAAGGGGCAUAAUUUCCAGGCAGCGUUCAUUUAUUAUUUUAUUUUAUAUAUUAAAUAUUAAAUAUUUAACUUGCCCUUCCUCCCAAAAGAGCCCAGGGCAGCCAUCAACAAGAGAUAAAACAAUAAAGAACAUUAAGCACAUCUUUAAAACACCUUAAAAACAAUUCUAAUGCAGAUGCGGACUGUGAAGGUUCACAACUUAAAAGGCUUCUUGAGAACCGAAGCAGAGCCAGCCCUCAAAAUUUGCACAUAUCCAAAUUUUGUGAAGAGGCGUUUGCAAAACAUACAAAGUACACAUAAAAAUUAUCACAUUAGUGAAAACAGCAUACAAAAAUGCAUUUAAGAGACAUUGCUUGCAAAAAUGUGUACAUUAGUCAAAACUACAAACAAAAAUGUUUAUAUUCAGAGAAAUUUGCACUUAAAUGUUCAAGUACUUUCCUUGGGGAUUGUAAAAAUAAAUAAAUUGCAAACUGCGGUGGAAAUGUGAAGAACUGAAAUUAAAAUUGGAAAAAUGAGAGACUGAGAGAACUGAAAUAGACAGAUCCGUCCCUACUCACAACUCUACUUGGAACUAACCCAAUGUCAUGUACUUGCCAGCUGGGUAAUGUACGAGAAGCCACGGUUCCAUGGGCGGAAGUGUGUGUUGGCAGAAGGGGAUGUGGAGAUCACCAACCCUUGGAGAAUGUUCCACAAAGAAGGGGCAGCAGCUGAGAAUGCUCCAUUCCAUAUCGGCUCACUCAAGAGGGUUGUGCGGGUAAGCAGGACUCCUUUCCAUUUGUGAGUAACGUCUUUCUACUUCUUGUGGAAGCCAGUUGUUUGGAAAUGCAGGUCUCAUACCAGCCUUCCUCAACCUUGAGCUCCCAGAUUUUGUUGGACUACAACUCCCAUCAUACUUGGCCAUUGUUCAUGUUGUGUGGGAAUAUCAUGUGGGGAAGGCUGCUCUGUACAUUGUGAGCGAUGGAUGGAUGGAAGGGAGGGAGGAAAACACAAGAAUGGGGCAGGGAGCAAGAUUGCAGUAUGCCUAUAAACUGCGGGCAGAGGCAGAUUUUGGGAAGCACAACCAGGUCAGUGGCACUGGGGACCUUCUUCUCGACAAUUUUGGUGGUUUGUUUCCUAAAUAAAGCUGAACAACUUUGCGGGUGUCAGGAAUUUUACUUUUUGAAAUACGGCAACCCUUUUUCACUGAAUGUGGGCUUAUUUGAGUGGUUAGUGAUCACAUUUGGAUGUAACACUAAACCAUGGGUUAGCAUUACAUGAAUGGGCUACUCUUCCCAGAGCUUGCAUUCUCCUCUCCCUCCCACAUUACUGAAAGGAGAAGCCUAGAAGCUUUUUCUUCCAGUUUUAGCAAUUGUGACCAAUUGGGGUGUUUGAGAAGGCAGUGGCGCAUCCUCCCAGCGGUAGCAGCAAUGCAUUCAUCAGGAUAGGAAUGGGGCAAGGUGACACCAGUGAGGUUGGGGGCUGCUGCAUCGAGUGGCAUUGAUUGCAUUGGUCCUUACUUGUGUGCUCUUGGGCAUUGGACUUCAGCCAUUAUGUUUGCAACCCUAAUGUCAGCACAGGCCUUUGGAACUCUUCCAAGUAAGAUAUCUCUGUCCCCUGGCAGUGUAGUAAUUGGACUUUGAAGUACAUUUUUGGAUGCUGGAAAUCAGUUUGGCGAGAAAACAAAGAGUUCUGUAGGUUUUUUGCCCCCCUUUCACAGGCCAAUCCUCUCUGUUUCAGGAUUACAGGAUUCCUGAGAUCAGUUUGUUUUCUGAGGAGAAUGGAGAAGGCAGAAAACAGAAGUUCACAGAUUCUGCAGAGGACACACGAAUUCACAACGAGCCAUUGCAGGCAGCUUCUAUAAUUGUGCACUCUGGCCUGUAAGUGACAGCUUUUAAAUACUUUGAGCAUUCAUGAUGUGAGAAGUGAUCUAGAACUAGGGAUGGUUUGGAUUUUAAUGUAAACUUACUUAAUUUGCAAUCAAAUACAGAAAUGGGUACGCUAGUGGAAAGUGUGCACAAGAAUGCGUAUAUGCACACAAAAUGCAUUAUAUUAUGGGAAAUAGUUGUGUGUGCAUAUGUAUGUGUUUCCUCAUUUUUUAACACAGCACAGGUAUUUGUUGGUCCCGGAAGGUAGAUAGACCAAUAAUCUGAUUUUUUUGCACAGGAUCACAGCCUGGGGGAUCAUUGUGCAAAGGCUAAAUUGUGAUCAGGAUGCACUUUGGCCUGGCUUGCAUGUAAUGCAAACAAUGGUUUGUUUGUUUGUUUGUUUGUUUGUACAAACACACUCCAGCCAGCCAACUAUGGUUCAUUUGUGGCCAUCAAACCAGAAACUAUGGUUUGAGAUUGGCUUAUAAAUUUCAGUUUGUGUUAUUCUCGGUUUCUCAUGACACUGAACCCACAAUUCUAGUUUAAUCCUAGUUUGUUUCAGCACCUCACACAACUCUGGCAACAGAGGUGCAAGUCAACAGCACUUAGAAAAAAAACCAGUAUUAGAUUAAGCAAGCCAUGGUUACUUUGCUCAUCUGCAAACCACAGCUAAAGCAAACCAUUGCUUUGUGAUACAUGUGAACAUUGCUAUACAGUGGUGCCUCGCAAGACGAAAUUAAUUCGUUCCGUGAAUUUUUUCGUCUAGCGAAUUUUUCGUCUUGCGAAGCACGGUUUCCCAUAGGAAUGCAUUGAAAAUCAAUUAAUGCGUUCCUAUGGUCAAAAAAAGUCCAAACAAAGCCAAAUUUGGUACAACAAGAGUUUAUUAAGUGCUCUUUAAAGUCACACAUACUGUAAAGAGCAUUUCAAAAUUCAAACCCAGAAUUUUUUUAAAAAAACAGCAGAGUUGCCCAAUGGUCACAGAAAAUCAUAAAAAUGCAGAAAAAAAACCACAAGCUUCCAGAUUCUUGCAAACCCCUCCCCAACUGUUCCCCCAGCCACCCAGCACACAGAAAUUCAAAUCCAGAAUUUUUUUUAAAAACAGCAGAGUGGCCCAAUGGUCACAGAAAAUCAUAAAAAUGUAGAAAAAAAACCCACAAGCUUCCAGAUUCUUGCAAACCCCUCCCCAACACCAAGUCCUUGAAUUCCAAACACCCCAACCCAAAAUCCAAACCCCCCAAAAAAAGUUUUAAAAGCUUAACUUACCAAAUGGCUGCAAAAUAAGUUUUGGAAAAGCUUCAAAAAUCACCAAAGUCUUUAAAAACCUCAAAAAAGGCUACUAUGUACACUGCGUUCUAUGAGUUGCUCCUGGAAGUCAAGUCGCAACUGUAUUAACGGUGUUAAGAAAAAGGAAACAAACUUGCAAGACGGUUUCGUCUUGCGAAGCAAGCCCAUAGGGAAAUUCGUCUUGCGAAGCAGCUCAAAAAGCGGAAAACCCUUUCGUCUAGCGAGUUUUCCGUCUUGCGAGGCAUUCGUCUUGCGGGGCACCACUGUAUAUUUAUUGAGAAGUGGAACUACGGCAAAGCAGUUUGGGUCAUAUGUUUCUUUCAUACUACAAUCUUCUUCCUAAACUUGGUGGGGUUUUUUGCCCAUGUUUGGGGUUACAAGUUGGCUGUACGCAGCAAUGAUUAGCUUGUGGCAAUGCAUCUCUGAAUAUCAGUCCCUGGGAAACAACAGUGGAUGAGUGUUGUGGCGCAGGCUUCCCAGAAGCAUCUGUCUGGGCACUGAGAACAGAAUGGUGGACUAGAUGAACCUUUGGUCUGAACCAACAGGGCUCAUCUUAUGAUCUUAUCAUGAACCUGCCUCCCUAGGAUCAGUUUUUCACCUCUAUUGCUGAUCAACUGCAUUUGUCGAAACCACUGAAAAGCUGUGGGGGGAGCUAAACUUGUUCAGCAGGAGAAAAAACAGCACUAAGUCCUCUUUUUAAAGUACACACCCUGAGUUGAUUUCAGCUCAGCCCAACCUGAAAAGCACCUCUGGCAUAGGUCCAUUUAAUUAUUUUUUUUAUAAACAUAUUUGUUAUGUGCAAAUCCUCUCAUGACUCAGUGGUAGUUAAAGGUUCAUGGCUUCAUUUGCAUAACUUUUCAGCUAGCAAGUGUGUGUUCAGCCUUUCUUUUGUACACAUAUUUGUAGCAAUUUGUAAAUCCACACUUGACCUAAUGGGAGGGAUGUGCAAUAGCUUGCAACACUGAGCUUGGGGUUAGAUUUGAUAGAUGUAUUUUAGUCAAGUGACAAGUGGGACCUGCCUUCCUAGUGCUAGAGGUCUGAGUUUGGGGGCAGGCUCUCAGCUUGGAACCUGAAUAUUUUAUUUAUUAAAUUCAAAUUAUUUAACAUGAUUCAUAUACCGCUUAAGCAUCAAAGGCAGUCUGCAUAAAAUAUACAUUAAAAUUACAAAUAAAAUAUAAAUACAAAUCAGAUGCUAGAAAGAAGUUAGGCUAAAAACAAUCCAAAUAAAAAUCAGCAUUAUGAAGCAUUUAUAUUAUCUCUUUAUGUCAUAAAAUGCGUAUACCACAAAGCGGUUUACAAAAAAAAAAAGAUACAACAAUAAAAUUAUCACUAAGAAAAAUGAACAACAAUGUUUUAAGGCUUUCAAAAAUUUAAAAUAACAAUAGGCUAAAACAGAUUAAAAUACGCAUCAACUUUCUAAACAUCUGAGUAGGCUUGUCUAAACAAAUGUUUUUUAGCAUUAUGAAAUAAAACUACAGUUUGCAUAAUAUAUAUAUUAAAAGUAGGGAUAAAACCAGAUAUUUAAAACAAGUUAGGCUUUAAAAAGCAAAAUAAAAUCAACGGUUUUAAAAUAUACAUUAAAAAGUAAAAUUAUGUAUUAAAAUACAAUUCAAAUUUACAUGGCUCCCUUAAACAAAAAGUUUUUAGCAGGUGCUGAAAACAAUACAGUGAAGGCACCUGCCUAAAAAUCGCUGCAAAGGAAGUUCCAAAUUAUUGGUGCUGACACACUGAAGCGUCAGUUCAGAACAAACAUUAUGUGGUUUUGCUGGUAUUUCUAUUUAACUGGGUGAGGCUUGAGAAGAGGGAAGUGGGAAGUGUGUCCUUCCUUUCCACUCUGCUGGAGCUUCCCUGUAUACAGGGAGGGCAGCUUUCAAAACCCCCACCACCACCCCUAAUCCCCACCCCCACGAUAUGUACUGUUAACUGUUAGGGGCUUAAGAAGGUCAGUUCCCUCCUAUUCUCCACCUCAUCCUGGAAUAUAGAAAAAGUCUCAGAAGCACAGAAGUCCCUGCCUUCAGCUGCUGGAGACAGAGCUAGGGGCUUAAUAUUGGUCUGAGUAUUGAGUGGACUGGACUCUUCAGACCAGGAUGAUACAUAAGACCAAACUCCUGCUUUUUGUAUCUCACCUGGCUGCAUCAUGGUAAACUGUAAACUAUGGUUUACCAAGCACAAGCAAAAUGGCACCUGUUUCGCUCCUUCCAGCUCCCUUCUCCUGGUGUUGGGAGGAGACAAACCAUGUCCCCUGGCUUAGCAUUAUGUCGAAACCUGGGAUUGUGGUCUGCUCCCUCGCAGUGAACUACAUUUUGUAGCCAAGGCUUGUUCUUCACUCAUUGAAUAUGGCUUGUUGGAGCAAAACCAUGAUCCCUGGUUGGGAUGCCAAGCUAAGGGAUUCUGAUGUGUUUCCUCCCAGCAUAUGCUUUAUGGUUUACCAUGAUGUUCGAACAUGACUGCUGUCUUUCCAAUCACAGGUUAUGCAUUCCUCUCCUUCCAGGGCUGCCACUAGGAUGUGCUUUUCAGUUCAUUGGGCACAUGACACUACAAAGUUUCAGCAGUCAUUCAUGGUUCUCUCUAUGCUCCACAGGUGGCUUGUGUACUCAAAACCCUUCUUUGACGAUGAUCCUUAUGUCUUAGAACCUGGUGGGUAUCCCAGUUUGCGAGCCUGGGGAGCCAAGGACCCCUCAAUCUGCUCCAUGCAUCCAAUUAAGAUGGUAAGUGUUGUUUGGCAGCAUCUUCCUCCUGUUUUCAACCUUAAGGUCAAGGUAAAGGGACCCCUGACCAUUAGGCCCAGUUGCAGACAACUCUGGGGUUGCGGCGCUCAUCUCACUUUAUUGGCCGAGGGAACUGGCAUACAGCUUCCGGGUCAUGUGGCCAGCAUGACUAAGCCGCUUCUGGCAAACCAGAGCAGCGCAUGGAAACACCGUUUACCUUCCUGUGAAGCAGUACCUAUUUAUCUACUUGCACUUUGACACGCUUUCGAACUGCUAGGUUGGCAGGAGCAGGGACCGAGCAACGGGAGCUCACCCCGUUGCAGGGAUUCGAACCGGCAACUUUCCGAUCGGCAAGCCCUAGGCUCAGUGGUUUAGACCACAGCGCCACCCUUGUCCCUUAGCUGGGCCUAAACUGGGAUCAUUAUAAGUGAUGGACAGCUUAUAAAUCUAAAUCAUAAAUAUAUGUUGGGAUAUGAGUGUCCAAGCUCUCCAUUUGCUUGUGGUUUCCUGUUUAGACUUUAGAAGGCAGGCUUCAGCUGCAUGGAGACAGCAAAUAUUUUUUUGAAAGAAUGACAUUUUAUAUUUGAAAAGCCCCGCUAUGUCAGAUCUAACACACAUCUAGUCCACCAUCCUGUUCUCGCGAUGGCAGAGUUGUCCAUGAAAAGGAAGACGGAGUGGACAGAUCCACUCACAGAAUUCUCACUCUGGCUUUUUCUUGUUUUAGGGCUGUCCUGUCGUGGAAAAGCCUGGCGAGCCCAAGGUAAGAGGGGGAAAUAAUUGCUGCUGAAUUUGAUCCUAGGGCAAAAAUACUUCCCAGCAGAAAAGGGGGCUAGAGGACUUAAGCUAGCUCUAGCAUUGCACAUUUCAGCAAGAGGCAUCAGCAAAUCUUUGUUUGGAAUAAGCUAAAGUCUUUAUUAAUUUAUAUCCACUGUACUGAGUGGAAAAAGUCAUUAGACAGUUAAUCUACCUAGGGAAAGAAAGCUUAAGUGGUCUUCCUGAGUUGUGAGUUCAGUUUCUCUUUUCUUGUUUCACCUUUCCUCCUUCCUUCUGCCAUUACUUGUAAUGCCUGAUGAAACUGAGUAAAAUAUGCCGUUUAAAGUUUGCAGACGUGUCUGUCGUCCUUGACAAAAACACAUUCUACAAUAGGCAUUUCACAUUUUGGAGCUCAGAAAACUGAAAUGUUACACAUAGAAUAAAAUGCAGAAAAUAUACCAAUGCAUAGCUUUUGCAGAAACAUGUCCAACAGGCAUCCUUUACUUUGGGCUGUUGGGGGUGGAGCUUAUAGAUUUUAAAGGAAUAACUAGCAAGUGGCUACAGCCUACAGUGAAAUGUAGAUGAAUAGAGUGGCAUGCAAAAGGAAGGGGGAGAGAAAGCAGUGCUUAUGGACUUGGGAACUCUUCCAUACUGGGGCUUUUUCAGACUUGAGCUGAAUGUUGUUGAACAUACCACAGCAGCCACAAAAACUAGGAAUUUGCUCUUUUUAAAAAAGAAAUCCUAGACAUUCAAGGAGUCCAGAUUGUAAGCUUUCCUCAAAAGUGAGUUGCUCCAGGCCCUCAUUAUUUUGGUUGCUCUUUUCUUUAAAAGCAAGAAAGGUUCAAAAGUUUGUGAAAAACACCAGAAGGAGGAGGUGUCCACCAUUUUACUCUUAUUGUUCUCCAUGUUUCAUUCUCUCUUUCUCCCUCUUCCUCUGCAGGCUCUAAUCUAUGAGAGGCCACAUUUUCUGGGUCAUAGCUGGGAAGUAAGCAGAGACAUUUACAACCUGAAGAAGCCAGAAAACAACCAGGACUCCAAGAUGUCUACUGCAGGCUCUCUGAAAAUCCUGGGAGGCUGGUGAGCAUAUGGAAGAAUGAAUAAGUGUUGUAGGGCAAAGGAGCCAUCUAGGCAGCAAUAGUUGUCAGCUGACUCCUACAUGCCAAUUCCUGAUCACCCAGGUCUAGGAAGCCCUUGACACAGAACUGGCCAAUUAGUCUGAGCAUGAGCAACAUUCACUGUCUGUUCUGGAAAUUGACCUCAACCCAGCCACUUCUCCCUUGGAGCUUGCUCCAUCCUCAACCUUGCCUUGUUUAGCCCACCUGCUUUCCUCAACUCCUGGCAUCCAAGAGCAUUCUGGGCACUGUAGUUUGCUAAGCGUUGCUGUGAAUUGUAACUCUCUGAGGGGUACACUACAGUGCCCAGAAUUCUUUGAGGGAAAGAAUGUGUUUCAAACGUGCUUUAAAGGCAGAGUGUGUUCACAACCAUGGCUCUAACAGCUGAUCCCACACCUUCUGCCCACCCCAAUAUAAACAGUACUGCUUGUGGCUGUCAUUUCCCUGCCCUUCACCCUAAGGUCCUAGUGCGGGUUAUGACAAUUAAAAUACAAUGUAUGUCUUUAACGUUUGCACCUGGCACCUUCACUACCCACCUUUCUGCGAAUGUUGAAGACUCAUUACACUGGCUUUUGACAUCUGAGAUGGAAAGGAAGCUCCACAAUGUAGGGGCUGCCACAGAGAAUGCCCUCUCCUGGGCCACCAUUGCCCCCAAGCCUCUGAGGGCAGUGGGACAACUAAAAGAGCCCAUGAAUUAUGGGGAUGGGGGAGAGGAGAGAUGGUUGUACACCUGGAAGGAAAGGGAGAGUAAUUUGUCUUUUGUGCUACAUGCACGCUCUCUCAUUGUCGGAUUGUUUCACCUUGCUAGCUGGAUUGGUUAUGAGAAGGAAGGUUUCCGUGGGCACCAGUACCUGCUGGAAGAAGGAGAGUACAAUGACUGGACACAGUGGGGAGGCUACAAUGAAGAACUGGUGUCACUUCGCCUAAUUCGGACGGUGAGAAAAUCUGUCUGCUUAACAGGGCGAUGGAUGGGAGAUUUAUUGCCACGAGGGAAGAAAAAUUUCCUGGCUUAAAACCUAUGCCAAGUUCCUAAAAUAAGAAGUGACUAAGUUCAGCUGUAUCAGGGAGAAACAGAACUAGUUCAGAAGUAUUAUUUGUUUUAUUUCUUUUAACUUUCCCUUGACUUCAGUGUUCCGGCUAAUGCUUAUGUAACCAAACCAGCACUACCCACACACAAGGCAGGUAUUAGCAGACUUGGGGGCACCUUCAAAGUUUGCAGAAGGACAAAAAAAUAUUUAGGAAAAGAGCUUGAGGGAGAUACAGCCUCCAAAACUGCUGGCUAAGAACUGAGUGCGCUUUGUGGCCAUGGAAUAGUGACUGUAUCAGGGACAGGCAAUGGAAACUACUGAAAAUGCAAUUAUAGGUCUUGUUUGUCCAGUGUGAGAGCAGGAUGCAGGCUGUAGUUUCCCAAUUAUUUAUUACGAAAGUGAGGACAACGCCCCCUUGAAAUCUAAAGAAAUCAUCCUAGUGUACAUUGCACAUGAUUAUUUCACGUGUGUCCUCACUGAGGAAAGGAGCACUGGGGGUAUCCCAUGUAUUAUUAUAUUUUAUUAUUAUCAACUGCUGCUAUUAUAGUAAUUUUCCUUAUUGUUCAUUUGUAGUUUCAUUGCUGCUAUUUUUUGAAUUGUCAACCACUUGAGUAUGGUUUCUGUAGAAAGACAGAACAAAUUUGUUGUUGAUGAUGCUUUUGCCCCCCUUCUCCAGCGGUUCCCAGGGCAUGUUACAACAAUUUAGAAUUCAGAAUUAAAAGCAAUUAAAACAGUAGCUGUAAGCGUGUUACAUGUUUUUAAAUUAGUUAUUUUUUCUCCAUGCCACAGUGUUUCCGAAUGCAGCUUUAAUUAGCAAUUUCCUGUCAACAGGCUGUUUACUAACUCAUUCCCUUUUCACAGCCUGAGCAAUUGCUUUUCUGGUUGUUGUCAUUGUUGUUAUUAAACAAUUAACAAAAAACAAAAUAAUACCUACACAACAUCCACAACAAUCCCUAAACCUUCUGCUAUCACUUACAGUGUGUUCACAUUACUGACUUAGAGUGCUGUAAAGCUGUUUCAUCCCUGGUGUAUUUCACAGCUCUUCCCCUCCCCCACACUGUAGCCUUUCACAUCAGCAUAGUUUCAUUAGUGUCAGAUUCAUUUCUGUUUGUGUACACACCAAGGGUCAUUGACGGGGGGGUGGGGAUGUUUGCACCAUACAUAAAGAUGCUCACAACCUGGCUAGAAACAAAUUGGGAAUGGCUUAAAUACGCCAUUUGGUGUGAAGCUGAUUCGAGAAACAAUGCAUCAAACAGUAGUAUUUACUGCAUAUACAUUUUGGAUAUCAUGUGAAUAUGGAUUAAAAACUCAGUACUAGAAACGUAGUAAACAAGAAUGCAAAGACAGUCUUGCUCCUCCCCUCAAUCCAUCCCCACUGCCUUUCCUCCUUUUUUAUAACUCAGGUCUGUAGGAUAUGAAACGAGGCUCAUUUUUCUUGAAAAUCCAUCAGCAAGGAGAUGGGUUGUUGCUGCUGGCUGUGCUGAUACAUUUUAUUUUUCUUCACUCGGUAGGACUUCUUGGACCCAGCCCUUGUGCUGUUUGAGGCCAUGGACUUUGAAGACGGGCCCAGUGUUGAACUCAGUGAAGCACUGCCAGAUGUUGAGCUGGCCAGCUACGGGACCACGACACAAUCCAUCCAUGUCCUCAGUGGAGUGUGAGUAUCAUUGUGUUCUCUGGUUUCUCAACCCCAUAUGUGGAGAGGCCACAUCAGGGCUUCACUGAAAGUGGGGUGAAGCAUGAGGCACAUGAUCCCUGCGACAACAUAAACCUUCACAAGCUUCUGCACUGUGGUUUGAUUCUGUAUAGGGAAGUUUUUUUUAAUCGUUUCAUGUUUUAUUAUGUUUUUAUAUAUGUUGGAAGCUGCCCAGAGUGGCUGGGGUGACCCAGUCAGAUGGGCGGGGUACAAAUAAUGAAAUUGUUGUUGUUGUUUUACAAGCUUGUAAAUGAAAUAACUUUGUGUGGUUACAUUUGUUGUUUGCACUGUUUAAUGAAAAUAAUAAAAAUUACAAAGGAGGGGGAGAAAGGAACAGUAACAUAAGACCUCCUUUGUUUGAGCCAUAUAAGAGGUCUCUGAGAAGUACAUGAGCUUUUUGAGAUGAUCAAAACUAUUCCUCAGUCUGGAUACUAAAAAGCAAGUGAAAGGAUAGGUGUUAGGGAAAGCCCAAAUCUGUGUACAUGCUCUACCUUCAAAGCACAUUCUUUCCCUCAGAGAAUUCUGGGCACUGUAGUUUGCUAAGUGUUGUAGGGAAUUGUAACUCUGUGAGGGGUAAACUACAGAGCCCAGAAUUCUUUGAGUGGUAGAAUAUGUUUCAAAUGCAGGCAGAGUACAUACAUAUCCAAAAUCUGCUGUUUGAAACAGUUUGAUAGGGAAUGGAGGAGGUAGUAUCCAGACUUUACGAGGAUGAGUGGUGAUUAUUACAACACGGUUGCACCAAAGGCUAGAGGGAGAAAGAAGCAGAGCAGUGUUUAUGCUCAUUAAGAACUGUAGGUCGAAAUGUCACAUAAUAGAUGUGUCAGCAAAACAUACACAUUGGGCUGCGAGUGCUCUGGGUGACAGAUCGUGAAUAUGGAGGUUUGGAUAAUCCAUUUCCAUUUUUAUGGCCAGGUGGGUAGCCUAUGAAGAUAAGAAUUUCUCAGGGGAGCAGUAUAUCCUGGAGAAAGGAGUGUACCGCAACUGUGAAGACUGGGGUGCAAGCAGCUGCCAGAUCUCCUCGGUGCAACCUAUCCUACAGGUGAGAAUAAAGAACUCUGCAUUCAUGUGUCCCCAGUUCAGAAACCAUGUUCCCAAUCCCACCUGUCUCCAAGAAAGAACUUUGCGUAUCCUUCCGUUUUGUGUUUCCAAAUAGGUUUUUGUGCAAGGCCAGAUUAAGAUGUUUGGGGGCAAUUCUCAGAACAGGGCCUGCCUCUCCUCAAAAGCAACACAUGAAAUUUACCACCACAAAAUAGGUCUUGUCUUAACGACUAACAACUUUAUUAUAGCAUAAGCUUUUGUUGAUUGCAGAAAAUAAUAAUCCUCUAAACCUUGGGAGUUUCACAACUCUCAGCAAAAUACAAACAUUUUGCCAACCCUGUUAAACAAAAAGAAAAUAUUCAGAAUAUGGGCUCUUGAAACCCAUUAUUGGUUUUGCUCGCUGCCUACCUUGGGUCAGUCACCAGCUCCCAGCCUCACCCACCUCAACAUGGCUGUUGUGAAGAUAUAGAAGGAAGUUAGGAUGGCUGCAAAUGGGAACUUAGUGCUUAUAUCAGAAGAUGAUGGACUUCAUUGGAGGUUUUUAAACAGAGGUUAGAUGGCCACCUGCCAGGGAUUCUUAAACUGUGGUUCCUUUGUUGUAGGGAGUUGGACUAGAUGACCCUUGGUGUACCUUCCAACUCUACAAUUUUUUAUUCUCAGAUCAUAGACAUGAAAAUUUGAUUUGUUUAACCAGAGGGAUGCAUUUUUCUGGAUCCUCCCCUCUUGGAUUGAAUAAAUGAUCUGAAGGACCAUCCAGUCAAGCACAGAAUUCUUAUCUUUCUAGGCUUGCCUAAAGAUUAUAUUGUGUACCACAUCUUUUUCUUCUCUCUCUGUUCUAGGUUGGGGAACACAGUCUACACUUCAUUUCUCAGGUGAGCAGGUAGACUUCAGAAGCAAAGCAUGAGGGUGGUUCUUAUGCCCAUCACACUGUUGUUACAUGGGUACUACCAGACGGGCUGUUGAUUCACACAAAAUUUGGUUAUCCCAUACUUCCUAAAAAAUUUACCAGUCUGUUGUGACUUCUACCAAAGAAUCCUGGGAACCGUAGUUCAGUGAGGGUGCAAAUAAUUUUCAGUUAAAAUAUUUUUCUAUCCCCCCCCUUCCAGAACUACAGCUCCCAGUGUUUCUUUGGGGAGAAGAAAUGACUGUCAGGAAACACAAUUACAUUGGCAGGAUAUAGAUAUUUCCUUCUGCCCCAGGUCUGAUACCUCCAUGUUCAUUAUUUCCUCAGUUUGUUCAUAUCUGGCAUUUUCUUGACUCCCCAGAUUCAACUCUUCUCAGAUCCAGACUUCUUGGGGAAUUACGUCUCUUUCAAGGAAGACCAAGCCUCACUUCCAGAGAAUUUCAUCCCACGCUCCUGCAGGGUCAAUGGAGGCAGGUAAAGUGAUACUUCCUCAGUACAGUAGCUGAAUGUAAAUGGUAUGAUGUGAAGAACUCAUCAUGUUGGCUCUAAGGAUUUAGGGCAGGGACUGCCAGCAUGAUGCCCUCUCCAGAUGUUGCUGGACCAGUAGGAGUGGGGAGCCUUUGGCCCUCCAGAUGUUGCUGAACUACAGCUCCCAUCAGCCCCAGCACGCCUAGCCAAUAGCCGGGGAUGAUGGGAAUGUAUGUUCAGCAACAUCUGGAGGGCCAGACUUCCCCCAUACCUGGUCUACAGCUCCCUUCUUCCUUGACUAUUGGCCAUGCUGGCUGGAGCUAUUGGGAGUUGAAGUCUGGAAGGUUUCAUGUUGGCUACUGAGGCUAUCCUUGAUUCUUUGUUCACCUGAACAAAUAAUGCUAGGCAUGAAAGGUUAUGCUGGAGCAACUGUCUUACUUUUGGAUUUUGAAACACCUGAGUGGAGAAAGAUUUCGAACCAGAUCUACAGCCCUGAGCAUGAAAUUACUGCCAUUUGAGCGAUGGGGUCAAUCACGUCUCUGUCUUGUUUCAGCUGGAUUCUCUAUGACUGCCCCCAGUUUGAUGGAGAGCAACACAUUCUCUCUGAAGGCGAGUAUCCAACACUGACCUCCAUGGGCUGCCUCUUCACCACGUCCAUCCGCUCGCUGAAGAAAGUCCCCAUUGUAAGUUGGAAACAUCUUCUUGGCUCUAAUACUGGUUGGCAGUAGGUAAAUGACAGGCAAAAGAAAGUGCUCCUUUCGCACAAUGCAUAGUUAACUUAUGGAACUCUCUGCCGCAAGAUAUGGAAAUUGUACCCUAAAUUAAAUGGUGGUUAGAAAGGAUUAGAUAUACAAGAAUUUAGAUAGGACAGUGCAUUUCCACACUAGGGCCCAAUGCAUUGCUAAAGAAGUUUGGAUGCAGCAGCUGCAAGAUACCGACGUCUCUGGGUUGUUAUGGUAUCAAUUUAGCAAUCAAACAAAAGAUAUUAGAACAGGCAACAAGAAACCUGACCUCAUUUGAAACACUGAUGCAAAAUCUGAAGAAAAAGUUAGGUUUCACAAAUUUAGUAUAUACAGUACUGCUAGAUAUGGUAUCCUUCUGGAGUGGCUGUCCAAGUUAGGAGUGUAUGGCACUACUCCUUCUUGGAUGGUCGUUUCCAGAAGGUGAUACUUGGGGAGUGCUCCUUGGCACCAUGGAGCCUUCAAUGUGGAGUUCCUCAGGCUUCAAUUUUAUCCCUUAUAUGUUGUUUAAUAUCUACAUGAAACCACUGUGGGGGAUCAUCUAGAGUUUACAUUAUCAGCAAUAUGCUGAUGGUUAGUCAUUAUUUGAGGCAUCUUUCUUUUGACCAACCAAAGUGAGUUCCUCGUCAAAACUUGAGAGUUUCACAAGGCCUGAAUGCUCAGAGACCUGCCACCCCAACCUUAAGGUUUCCAUGUGUUUUGCCUUCUUCUUGUUCCUCAAGCCCAGUUUCAUCCCUUCCCUUCAACUCUGUUUUCCUUCUUUUUCUUAGUUCUUCUCAGAGCCCUCCAUCUUCCUACAUGGACUGGAGUGUUUCGAAGGGAAGGAGAUCGAGCUGAACAGUGAAGUGCGCAGCCUUCAGGCUGAGGGAUUCAACAACCAUGUCCUCUCUGUGCGGGUAAAGGGUGGAAUGUAAGUAAAGGAUGACCCUGCUAUCACACAUAAGGAGCUGGGCCAUUGUUAGAGCUAGGUAGGGAUGGACAAACCCAUUCCACAUGGGGCAGAACUGAGUGUGCACCUUCCUGUUUCUCUGCUGAUUUUAAAGCUGCAUUACCCCAAAGUCCUCCAGCCAGCCACAGCCUGGAGGACUGGAGACUUCUUGCCAUCACACACUAGGAAUAGAGUAGAGGAACCAUUUCCCCUGGGAGUUACGGGACUUGAUGUUCCAUCACUCUCAGAGGGAGUUGUAUAGCAAAAGCAUCGCUGCCGCUGGGGAAUUAAAUGAUUUGUGGUGGGGUGCAAAUUAAAUGAAGAAUUUUAUCUGCAUUGAUUUGGAUGAGAAAGUAGAUGGCUUGCCUUCUGACACAUUUUAAUUCUAAAUUUACACCUAUUGCUUGUGCAAAUUUUGCAUCUAUGGGUUUGCGUCCCAAAGUCUUUCAAAUGUCUAGCAACAACUGGAGGUGUCUAGGAGACAGUAUGUGGCCAUCAUGAACACUAGCCAGGUCUGUAGUGUCAGCAGCAAGCAGGUCCCAUGCUCCUGUUUUUGAUUAACAUUUCCCAAUUGAUGAAGGGCCAAAGUGAUCUGUGCUGCUAAUGCUUUUUCUCCCAUUGUUUGUUGCUCUGCCAAUUCCCUCAUACAGUUGGGUGCUGUGUGAACACAGCGACUUCCGAGGCCGCCAGUGGCUCCUGGACUGUAUGGAGAUCACCAACUGGCUGACAUACAGUGGACUUCAGCACAUCGGCUCCCUUUACCCCAUCCGGCAGGUGAGUGCCCAGUGCUCUGGUCUACUGGGGAGGGGUUAUAGGCAAAGGAUUACUGGUUAAGGAGCAGUUUAAAAGCAGUUUAACCAGAUGUAUGUGGCACAUUUACCCUAUCUCUCUGUCCCUUCCCAAGCUGCUUAAAUGUUCGAGUGGGCCAUUAUAAAUCUAGGGAGCAGGUGAUGUCAGAAUGCUGGCAAUUCCACCAUGCCUGCUGCCCACUGAGGCAUACAUGUAGGGUGGAUAUGAUUUAAAUCAAAUUGAUUUAAAUCAUGAUUUAAAUCGCUAGUCAGUAAGACUUGAUUUAAAUCAUUUUUUUACAGAAAUGUUCAACCUUGAUGGCAUCCUCUUAAUAUUUACAACCUAAUGAAGGUUUUAUUUUUGGAAUAAUAAAUUUUCAUAGUUUUUACAGUUAUAUCAAAAAUUACUGGUUUGGUUAUACUAUCAGAAAUACUUAGACAGAUGAUAAUGAAAUUAUUAUUUAUAUUUGGACAACUUUUCUGCUGUACUUUAUUGGAAGGAGAAAAAUAAUAAUUUCCUUAAUAACAAUUUAAACAAUUUAUUUAACUAAAACAAUAACUUUAUAGCAUAUGCAUCCAUGUUUGUUAACCAAUGUGGUUAAAUGAUUAAAAAAAAACCUUAGACAUGAAAAACUUUAAACAAAUCCUUAUUUUCUGAUGAAUAGCCUUUGGACUAUAAUUUAACUUAAAUAGAAAACUACCUUUAGAAAGAUUUUUUCCUCCAAAAGCAUUUUAUUUUAAAAAUCCGAUUUAAAUUUUAAAAAAUCUUAUUUAAAUUAAAAAAUCUGAUUUUUUAAUUAUUAUUUUUUUAAAAAAUGAUUUUUAUCCACCCUGCAUACAUGCAUGACUCUGAGAAUGGACACAGUGGUCAGAUUGCUCCAUAGCAUGGAACUUGCUGAGCAGCUUAGAUGAAUGCACAGUGAUUGUUUUUUCUGUCUGCCUCUCCCCUCCCUCUCCCCAGAGACGCAUCUACUUCCAAAUAAAAAAUGAAGAGUUGAAGUCCUUCCUGUCUGUCCCAGAUGACGUUGAAGACAUGAAAGCUGGGCGAGUUCUGGUCUCAGAGCUCAAUGGCAAGAGCAGCUCCAUCUGGUACUAUGAAGAGGGGCUUAUGAAGAACCAGGUGAGGGCUUCUUUCUCUUCCUCUUGUGUGGUUUACAGGGACAGAAGCAGCUGGGGUGCAUGGAUAAUCCAGGCCUGCUUCAAGAAGACCCCAUACAAUACCCUCAUGUUUAAAUAGUUCCGCUCCUUCUAUUGUCCACAUAGCAUUUGGGUAAGCCAGGCAAAACUAAUGUCACCUAAAAGGGUAUAUGCUGGGCUGGUAUAGAAGAAAAGUCUGUAUUUAGGUGCCAUGGCUCAGUGAUAGUGCUCAUGUCUUGUAUACAGAAAGUCCCAGGUUCAAUCCCAAGUAUCUCCAGAUAACAGGAUAUUGGGUAUCAGGUAAUGAGAAAGAUCUCAAAAGGCCACUGCCGGUCAGAGUAGGCAGUACUGGGCAGGAUAGACCAAUGGCUUGACUCAGUAAAAGUCAACUUCAGCUUCAGAUGUUCACUGUCUGUAUGCAACGCGCUUUCAUACAACACUGAAUUGGCCUCUCUUGACUUUCAGGUUGCACCCAACAUGAGCCUGCAGGUGAUUGGUCCAGCUGCAAAGGGAUCCAAGGUGGUGUUGUGGUCUGAGAGCCGACUGCCCCGGCAGACCUGGCAAAUCGAUUCUUUUGGGAGAAUCUGCAGCCAGAUGUUUGAAAACAAGGUCCUGGAUGUGAAAGGUAAGGCAUUGGCUGUUGUUGUUGUUGUUGUUAAGAUUCAGAUUUAGGCUCAUGAGGGAGUUCUUGAGGCCAGGAAGCAAGUAAUUUGGCUGUAGAAGGGAUGAAAUAUAGCUAGAAAUGCUUCAGUUUCAUUUUCCUUUCACCUUUUUCCCACGUCACCCACCAUUCCUGGAAAUUCCUGUUCAAUCUUUCCGCACCACUAUUUAAUCUUAACAUGUGUAUAGCACCCUCAAACAUCAAAAGCACUUCUCAUGCAUUAUCUUUUCUAGAUGUAAUGCUUACAAUCCAGUUCCUUCAGCCUAACCUAAUGGAACUCGCUUUCUGUUCUCUGAGCUUAUAUCAAGGUGAAGAUCUGGUGAUAAAAGUCACUUGGAAUGUUUAUGCACAGCAUACUCUGGCCUAGCCCAGCAACAGUGAAGGGGAGAUCUAUACAUCGCCUAUCCAUCUAUCUAUCAUCUAUCACAAUUAUUCAUAUCCUUCUUUUCAGGAUACAAAUCCUUCUUAGGGCAGUGCACAAACAACUUCGAUUGGGUGAAAUGCCUUUCUGAGGAAUUGUGCUCAUUUUCUUCUUCCUUUUCUCCAUGUAGGAGGCCGAACCUAUGACCGGGACCAUGCCAUCCUCUGGGAUUGUUCGGAGGAAAGGCCUACACAGAUUUGGGAUGUCCGGGUGCUUUGAAGAAAGCGGGAAUUGGAGAGCCAUGCCAUGUGCAGAACUAGAAUUCAGCCUGCAAGUCACAGACGUUUGUCCUUUUGUGACCAAGCUGCAUCUUUGGGGAUUAGCUGCUGAAAUGGAUAAGUGACUGGGUGCUGCAUUUGGUUAGUAGUUGCAAUCCUUUCCCCACAGACUGCAGCCCAGAAAGAGGAAAAUGUUUCUGUGAAGCACAGAGAUUGGUCUCCUCAAGGAACUCUGUAGAGGGAAGGAGGCAAAAGCUGGUUCUUUUCCAACACCUUGGAGUUGAGCCCAGCAAGAUGGAGAUUAUUGGCGAGUUCUGAUACACCGAUCAUUCAUGAAUGGACAAGGUCAAGCAGCUCACCUGUAUGAGCACAGGAAGGCAAGCUGCCAAAGUCUCACAGGUGUCCCCAGCCCCGCUGGUUUAGGCUUAUAUAUGAAUAUCUAAAACAAACACACACAUACAGCAUGAAUGAGCCUUUUGUCCUUGCAUGCAGCCCAUUCCCUUUCCCCUGUGCUCUUCUUCUUAAGGGGAUGGGCUACCUUGUAAACUCUAUUUAUGUACCUGUGUAUGAUACAAUGCCUUUUAUAAAUCCAUCUCUCUGGCUGGUGUGCUGACUCCGUUAUUUGCCACUAGGACAUGUUCAUGGGGACACUGGCUACAACCACAGGCAUAACAUGUAGGGAUCUUGCCCACAAGUGUUUUGGGUGGUGGAGAGAAAUGCCUGUAACAACAACAACAUUUCGCCAGCUGGAAUCAUAAACAAUAGAAAAGCAGGAAUAGUAUCACACAAAUGUGGCUGCAAAGCCCGUAUUAUAAGGAACUGGUGAACAUUAGGUUCUUGCAAGUCUACAAAGCUGUGCUGUUUUCACUAUCUGCAUUUUAAUAGAGCUGUUUUUAUAUUG